GUUACAACAGAGGAGCUCUGGGGUAAAGUGUGUGUCUCAUUCAUUCACUCUACCUACACACACACACUCCUUCUCUCACACACAGUACACAAUCUACUGUAUGUGAGUGUUGCAACUACCUCUUUUACGGAAUACAAUACAAUAAAAUCCAGAUUCAUUCUUCUCACCUGUGGGCACUUCUAAACUUUUUCGUAGGAAUUUCUUUCUCUCACAACCUGGCAACCCGGAGAGAGCAGCAAGCAGCAGUUGCCAGAACAAGAGGAUGUUUCCUAUCCCUGGAGAGGUAAGUAAGUAGCAAGGCUUUUAGGGGCUCUGUGAGUGGGCCCAUUGCAUUCACUGUUUCUUACUGGGUAUGUGUCAAAUGGCACCCUACUCUUUAUAUAGUUCACUACAUUUGACUAGAAAAGUAGUGCACUAUAUAGGGAAUAGGGUGUCAUCUGGGAAGCACCCACUGUCUCUGCCAGCUCUAAAGGUAACACCCAGCUACAGUCUGGUAAUUGUGGAACAAAUUUGGAAACUGUUAUUUUCUGAACGCGCCGUUCCACUCAAUAUAGUUUUCAAAGAGAGAGAGAUAGAGAGAGACACUGCAGCCAAACUAGCAGAGCUAAUGCAGCUAAAAAGGCGUGGGCAGAAAAUGGAAGCAUUUAUAUCUAUAUAAUGUGUUUAAGGACCCUCUCCCUCACUUUAAGUUCAGGAAUUCAUUGAGAGCUUUUAGGCUGCAAAUUCCCAGCAUUACUCAUGCUUUUAAACAUAAUGUCUGAGGGAAGAGGGGAGUGCAUUGUAGCAUUAAAUAACCUGUUGCAUACUGCUACUGCCACAUCUACACUGGUGUAGAGGUACACUGGUGUAGAGAUGAUGCAUGCACAGGAUCACGCUUAGAAAAAAGGGUUCUAAAAGGGUUCUUUGACUGUCCCCAUUGGAUAGCACUUUUUGGUUCCAUAUAGAACCCUUUUUGGUUCCAGGUAUAACCCUUUUGGGUUCCAUGUAGAACCCUUCUAGAUGGAACCCAAAAGGGUUCAACCUGGAACCAAAAAGGGUUAUUCAAAGGGUUCUCCUAUGGGGACAGCCGAAGAACCCUUAAAGGUUCUAGACAGCAGGAGCACAUGAAGGUCACGGUUGUGUCUGAGAGCUGCAACAUUAUGUGAUGGGACUGGAGUGUACUGUAGGGAACUCCCCAUGUAAAGACAUGUCUGUAUAGAAUAACUAGCAUCAGGAAGUGGUGAAUAAAGGGUAUCUUAAUGAGGCAUUACUUGUUAAUAGUAAGGAUUGUAUUGUAUGUGUGCGUUGGUGCGUGCACGUGUGUGUGUGCGUGCGUGCGUGCACGUGCAUGUGCAUUUCGUGUGCAUGUUUAUCUUGAUGAUAUUACAUAUCCUAAUAUCUGGGAAUCACAUAGACACUACAGCUUGAGGCAGUUGGUGUGUGUGCAUGCAUAAACACAUGUUUUUACAAUAUGUCUGUGCACACACACACACAAACAUACACACAGGCUUGUGUUUCUACCCUAUGUCGGUGUACACACACACUAUGUCUGUGUGUAUUUGUGUGUGUGUGCGUGUGUCUGUGUGUGCCUUUUCACUGCUCCCAAUUUCACACCUACAGGGAUAAUCCUCUGUGAAGUGGAAAAUGCCAUUAUGUAGAAAUAGCUGACAUGGGGGGGGGCUGUAAUACACUAACUGGGGCCAAACAGACACAAUACCCUCUACAGUGCUACGGUGAGGAUACCAGGCUGGACACAAGCGAUUGCAUUGUGAGAGAGUUGCAGGGACGUUGUCAGAGGUUGCUGAGUGCUGCUGACCUGUUUGUGAGUGUAGCCUUUGCAGAAAUGCCCCUUCUGCAUCUUCAGAGUGAGGCCUGGUCCAUUGCUGAUUAAGAGUCCAAAGCUGUGUACACUUACAUCAUUGCAGACCUUGGUCAGUACAGUACAUAAUAUGUCAAGUACUUUCAAAUGCUUGAAAGUACUUGAGCUACAGAUGUCUUCACAGUGUGACUUGGGGAAAGAUGUAGGGAAAGUUCCAACGUGCAACACCAACCCAGGAUUAGUACAAAGGCCUACUUUACACAGAGAGAUACACUUUAUUCAGCAGAUGACUCAUAAGGGAGCCCCAGAUUAAGCCUACUCCUGAAGAAAAAUAAGCACUUUCAAUGGAGACUCACCAUUGAGCUUUUUCAGUCUAGGAAAAGGGUCGGGGAAACCAACCCUUACUGUAGAAGGAUGUGCUUGUUGCAACCCAGUUUGCCUUACUGUCUGUGGCUUGGGACUAUGACAUACAGAUCUUCAUUUGAUCACUCCUUUGUUGCUGAGAAUUUUCAAACUUGUAGUUUAUUUGAGUUUUAAAAAGGCUUCAAAAGUAAUUUCCACUUUGAAAUUUCAGACUUAAUUUUCCCUAAUGAGAAAUGUAUCAAUCCCAACAAAAAUGUCCAUUAAUUAUAAUCCACAUAAUAAUUCACAUGUCCUGUUGCUGCAGGAUUAUGUUCCUGUUAUAGCAAGCUGCCCAAAUGAAGAUCCUACAUCUGUAAGAUGAUGUCAGGUUUCUACAACUUCAAGUUUCUACACUUUAACAUGUAAAGUAUGUAGCAGGAUACAAGCAGAGACAGGACUGGCUUGGAUUGGUAUGUGAAUGGAGAGGUGUUGUGCAGUGUAACCUCUGGCAGCUCUCCCAUCUGAGUGGCUGUAAACUCAACAUGCCUCUCAAACAAUCAAACGCCCUGACGUUAUCUUGGCCUGUAUUACCCAUAGAAAUGCAUUGAAUAACAUUCAUAAAUGGCAAAUAAUACAGUCAAAAAAUAAGUCAUAAGGAAUAAGGUUUUGAAGUGUCUGUCCUAUAUCUGGGAGAUAUAAGAUAGCUCAGAAAAUAUAUAUAUAAAAAAAUUGACAUAUUUAACCCCUUAUUUUUGUUGGCGCAAAACUACCUCCAUACUUCCAUUCGUUUGUAUGGGUUACCUUCAGACAAGUCCUGUGACACUUGUGGGGGUCGUAGAGCAAAACUGAGAACACCAUUGUGUUCGUGACAGUCUAUCCUUUCCAUGGAGUAGUCAUAAUAUAGGCCAAACAAUUUGGACGCUACAGACAUUUUCGUGAGAAGACAGUUUUUUGGGAUGUCUCAUGGUCUGACAAACACCGCUGUAACUCGGCCAUCUCCCACCACAGAUGCGGAAGGCCGACGUACCCGGAUGCGGUGGAUUGAGACUCAGCCCAUGCAAAACCCCUGAUAUCUCCAGCUUAAACUGACAGAUUUUGAUGGGAUUUUUUAUUUAUUAUGUUACUCAGAUUGACCCAGGGGGUGCGUCAAUAGACUCUUAAGGAUCAGAAAUGUUGUCUUUUAAAUGUAUCUGAAGCGUUGUCUUUGCAGAAGCACCUUUAAUGUCACGUCAGCAAAGCAGAUAGAAAAUUACAAUUGGCCUGAAAUGUAGAGUAGCCUUGAGGGUAGCUCUCCUUCCUUGGACUCGAUGACCUGGAAUGUAGAGUAGCCUUGAGGGUAGCUCUCCUUCCUUGGACUCAAUGACCUGGAAUGCAUCCACUUUCUCUUCUGAAGGGAGUGUGUGUGUGUGUGUGUGUGCAUUCAUGUUUUAGUGUGUGUGUGUGUACGCAUUCAUGUUUUAGUGUGUGUGUGCGUGCGUGCGUGCGCGAGUCUCCUGAAGGGAGAGAUUGUUUCCUCCAAUCAUUAACCUUGGAAUGCAGACCCAAUUUACCUUCAUAGACAGUUAAUACUUAUUCUUUCGCAGGCCUGAUUACUGGGAGGAAUGCUUAGGUUUUCACCAGACACACUUCUCCUCUUUGAAAUGUAUUGCUAAAGUGCAUGGCCGUGACAUGUAUUUUAAUGCAAAGGAAACCAUAUUUCAGGGUCUGGUCACAGAGAACCUCCUAUCUAUUAGAUUGUAGAUUAUGGACCACAUAAAGAAACGCUGACACACACACACGCACAUACACACACCACACAUAUACAAACACACACGUGGACGCACACACUCACACAUCGACACACACAUACACAGAUGCGUGCACAGGUGGAGAUAAGAACUGGACACGGAAGUCUGUUACUACAGAUUUGCUUUGGUGUCGCGAUCAAACGCAACAUGCACACACACACACACACUGGUUGGCAGGAGGAUAUUGAUUGUACACACACGUGGGUUAUAUUACAGAUUUGCUAUAGGGUCAGGGUGUCCACACACACCACACACACACACACACACACACACACACACACACACACACACACACACACACACACACACACACCACACACACACACACACACACACACACACACACACACACACACACACACACACACACACACACACACACACACACACACACACACACACACACACACACACACACACAAGAAACAAUUAGCUAUGGUGUCUUAGCCUAGCUCAGGGAUUAAUCAGACCUGGUCUGUGAGUUCCAGGGCUAUGAGUGGGAGAAGGCCUCAGGUCUGGGGGUCCGUGGCAGGCCAGGUAGGCCCCAAAGCCGAGGUAGAUGCUACGGCUCCCAUUCCAGAUUACCUUGAUUUUGAGGGGAUGGUUAUACAGUCUAGACUAUAUGGAAUAUAAUGAUAAGGACCAGGAAGUUGGCUUGGAAAAAAUCUGGGCCUUACAGUGCAUUCUGAAAAUAUUCAGACCCCUUGACUUUUUCCACAUUUUGUUACGUUACAGCCUUAUUCUAAAAUUGAAUUUAAAAAAAUGUUCCCCCUCAUCAAUCUACACACAAUACCCCAUAAUGACAAAGCAAAAACAGGUUUUUAGAAAUUGUAACAAAUGUAUUAAAAAUGUUAAACUGAAAUAUGACAUUUACAUAAGUAUUCAGACCCUUUACUAAGUACUUUGUUGAAGCACCUUUGCAGCGAUUACAGCCUUGAGUCUUCUUGGGUAUGACGCUACAAGCUAAGGUAUUUAUGUUUUUAAUUUUUUAUGCAUUUUCAAAAAUGUCUAAAAACCUGUUUUCACUUUGUCAUUAUGGAGGUAUUGUGUGUAGAUUGAUGAGGAACAUUUUUUAUUUAAUACAUUUUAGAAUAAGGUUGUAAUGUAACAAAAUGUGGAAAAGGUCAAGGGGUCUGAAUACUUUCCGAAUGCACUGUAGUUAUAGGCUGUAACAGGACCUGUAUAGUGAUAUAUUAGUGUUGUUCACUGUGAGAUGGUGAAUGUUCAUUGUGCCUAAUUGCUUAGCUUGUUUCAAGGGAGCUGUCAACAGUCUCCAUAGUAACAACCUUGGUACUGACGUGUUGUAGACGGGAGUAUAUUCAUGGUCAUGUGCACAAAUAGGAGUCCUGCUGUGAAGCCUUGAUCAUGCAGGUUUCUUCCAAAGUGAACAUUCAUUAGGGGUCCACAAUGUGGUAGCAAUUUUCAACUGUGUGAAACAACGCACUGACUGUUAGCUACUGAAAGGGACGGGCAUGAUUCACCAUCUGAAAUGUCAUGGCUUUGAUAUGAUUUCGUGAAUAUUUUACAAUCGGGAUGGUUCUCAGUUCCUUAGAGCAUGGUGUUGAUUCCUGCAUAGGCCACAAAUUAGUCAGCUGAAUGUAGUUAUAUGUAGGUGUAGCAGAGAUUAUUGUGAAUCAUACUCUCACGAAGAGAUAGCCCUGCCUGAGACUUGUAAGGCCAAUUGGCUCCCUCAGACCUUGAGGAUGUCCUCCUGCUGGCCUAACCUGCUGAACAAUUUGAUUCAACAUAUGAUAGUGUUAUGAACACUCAUGUAUGGGCCUUGUUUAACUGUUUAACUUUGUUGGUUUCAGAAAAGAGAAAAGAGUCUGAGCUGAAUCUUAAAGAGGAGUGGAUCUGUCGGAGGAAAUCUUGGGAGAGGAGGACCAGGAACAGGAGAGAAGAGGAGGAGAAGGAGGGAUAUAAGAGGAGAGGACAGAGCAUGGGCCACUCCUGCUUGUGGAUUUUUAUGCUGUCCCUGUCUCUCUCCCACCAGGAGGUCACUGCACAGGCAGAAGGUAUUGGAUUUGACCUCUCUUUCUCUCUCUCCAUCCCUCUCUCUGCCUCUCUCUCUCUCUCCAUCCCUCUCUCUGCCUCUCUCUCUCUCCCCCUCUCUCUGCCUCUCUCUCUCUCCAUCUCUCUCUCUGCCUCUCACUCUCUCAUCCCUCUCUCUGCCUCUCUCUCUCUCUGCCUUUCUCUCUCUCUCUCUCCAUCUCUCUCUCUCUCCAUCCCUCUCUCUCUCCCUCCCACUCCCUGUCACCAUUUCUCUCCUGACCAUUCCCUUUCUUCAGCUUUCUCAACAUGUCUCUCUCUCUCUCUGUCUUUCUUCCCCCCUCUCUCUCUCUCUCUCUCUCUCUCUCUCUCUCUCUCUCUCUCUCUCUCUCUCUCUCUCUCUCUCUCCUCCUCUCUCCAUCCUGUCUGUCUCCUCCUCUCUCCAUCCUGUCUGUCUCCUCCUCUCUCCAUCCUGUCUGUCUCCUCCUCUCCCCAUCUUGUCUGUCUCCUCCUCACUCCAUCCUGUCUGUCGCCGUCCUGUCUGACUCCUCCUCUCUCCAUCCUGUCUGUCUCCUCCUCUCUCCAUCCUGUCUGUCUCCUCCUCUCCCCAUCCUGUCUGUCUCCUCCUCUCUCCAUCAUGUCUGUCUCAUCCUCUCUCCAUCCUGUCUCUCUCCUCCUUUCUCCAUGCUGUCUGUCUCCUCCUCUCCCCAUCCUGUCUGUCUCCUACUCCCUCCAUCCUGUCUGUCUCCAUCCUGUCUGACUCCUUCUCUCUGCAUCCUGUCUGUCUCCUCCUCUCCUCAUCCUGUCUGUCUCCUCCUCUCUCCAUCCUGUCUGUCUCCAUCCUGUCUUUCUCCUUCUCUCUCCAUCCUGUCUGUCUCCUCCUCUCCCCAUCCUGUCUGUCUCCUCCUCUCCCCAGCCUGUCUGCCUCCUCCUCUCCCCAUCCUGUCUGUCUCCUCCUCUCACCAUCCUGUCUGUCUCCUCCUCUCUCCAUCCUGUCUGUCUCCUCCUCUCUCAAUCCUGUCUGUCUCCUCCUCUCUCCAUCCUGCCUUUCUCCUCCUCUCCCCAUCCUGUCUGUCUCCUCCUCUCCCCAUCCUGUCUGUUUCCUCCUCUCCGCAUCCUGUCUGUCUCCUCCUCUCUCCAUCCUGUCUGUCUCCAUCCUGUCUGUUUCCUCCUCUCUCCAUCCAGUCUAUCUCCUUCUCUCUCUAUCUUGUCUGUCUCCUCCUCUCCCCAUCCUGUCUGUCUCCUCCUCUCCCCAUCCUGUCUGUUUCCUCCUCUCCGCAUCCUGUCUGUCUCCUCCUCUCUCCAUCCUGUCUGUCUCCAUCCUGUCUGUCUCCUCCUCUCUCCAUCCAGUCUAUCUCAUUCUCUCUCCAUCCUGCCUGUCUCCUCCUCUCUCCAUCCUGUCUGUCUCCUCCUCUCUCCAUCCUGUCUGUUUCCAUCCUGUCUGUCUCCUCCUCUCUCCAUCCUGUCUGUCUCCUCCUCUCUCCAUCCUGUCUGUCUCCAUCCUGUCUGUCUCCUCCUCUCUCCAUCCUGUCUAUCUCCUUCUCUCUCUAUCCUGUCUGUCUCCUCCUCUCCCCAUCCUGUCUGUCUCCUCCUCUCUCCAUCCUGUCUUUCUCCUCCUCUCUCCAUCCUGUCUGUUUCCAUCCUGUCUGUCUCCUCCUCUCUCCAUCCUGUCUGUCUCCUCCUCUCUCCAUCCUGUCUGUCUCCUCCCUCUCCAUCCAGUCUGUCUCCUCCUCUCUCCAUCCUGUAUUUCUCCUUCUCUCUCUAUCCUGUCUGUCUCCUCCUCUCCCCAUCCUGUCUGUCUCCUCCUCUCUCCAUCCUGUCUGUCUCCUCCUCUCUCCAUCCUGUCUGUUUCCAUCCUGUCUGUCUCCUCCUCUCUCCAUCCUGUCUGUCUCCUCCUCUCUCCAUCCUGUCUGUCUCCUCCCUCUCCAUCCUGUCUGUCUCCUCCUCUCUCCAUCCUGUCUGUCUCCUCCUCUCUCCAUCCUGUCUGUCUCCAUCCUGUCUGUCUCCACCUCUCUCCAUCCUGUCUGUCUCCUCCUCUCUCCAUCCUGUCUGUCUCCUCCUCUCCCCUCCUGUCUGUCCUCCUCUCCAUCCUGUAUGUCACCUCCUCUCUCCAUCCUGUCUGUCUCCUCCUCUCUCCAUCCUGUCUCUCUCCUCCUCUCCCCAUCCUGUCUGUCUCCUCCUCUCUCCAUCCUAUCUGUUUCCUCCUCUCUCCAUCCUGUCUUUCUCCUCCUCUCUCCAUCCAGUCUGUCUCCUCCUCUCUCCAUCCUGUCUGUCUCCUCCUCUCCCCAUCCUGUCUGUCUCCUCCUCUCCCCAUCCUGCCUGUCUCCCCCUCUCCCCAUCCUGUCUAUCUCCUCCUCUCUCCAUCCUGUCUGUCUCCUCCUCUCCCCAUCCUGUCUGUCUCCUCCUAUCUCCAUCCUGUCUAUCUCCUCCUCUCUCCAUCCUGUCUGUCUCCUCCUCACUCCAUCCUGUCUGUCUGUCUCCUCCUCUCUCCAUCCUGUCUGUCUCCUCCUCUCCCCAUCCUGUCUGUCUCCUCCUCUCUCCAUCCUGUCUGUCUCCUCCUCUCUCCAUCCUGUCUGUCUCCAUCCUGUCUGUCUCCUCCUCUCUCCAUCCUGUCUUUCUUCCUCAUGCUUCGUCUAUCUGUCUCAGACACUAGUGCUAGACUAAAUAAUGUCCAUAUGUCCAGUAUGUCUACACACCUGGAUGGAUUGGCAGGUAGACAGUGAGGCAAACUCAGACACAAUGUUGUUUCUCCUCUUCUAUUGUUAGACAGGGCAUUCUGAACAUCUGGCAGUCUCCUGUUCACCACUGUCUGUCAGACUACAGUCCACUGUCUGACAGACAGUCAAAUCACGGCCUUAGGUUUGGUACUGUACAUCGCACCUGGGUGAAAUACAUAUGUCAAAUAUUUUCUAAUACUUGAGCUGGGCUUCAUUUGGUUUGGCCGGUACAUCGGAACAAAUGGCAUAGUCCCAAAAGUGCAAACUUCAAGCUAAAUCAAACACGUCUGCUAGAGGUUUACUGUACACAGCUUCAGAUGUUCUUGGAUACCAUGGAAGAUUAAAUUAGCCAAUCAGAUGGUUAAGGUUGACUCUCAGGGUGGAAUCUGAUUGGCAGCCAGUGAUGCAUUUUUUGUACUUUCCAACUAUUGUAAUGAAACAACAUUUGUGCAACACCUAACAACCUCAUCACGUGUUUCUGACCUUUCAGUGUAAUGGCUAAGGUGCUGGACUGACAAUCGCAGGGACCUGGGUUUGAGUCCCGAUCAGGCUUCCCCUUGAAUUUGCUGCAGUACUAUAAUUCUGUGCUUACAGUGUUUGACUGACAGAAGGUUUUAGAGUCAACAUGAUUUAAACCCCAACGUCAAUUACUCUCAUGUUCUGUGAGAUUAAAUGCAUUUAAAUAUUUUUAAAUUCGGCCCUCAUGUUAUCCUUUCCCCAAAGUAGAUCUUAGAUGGUGCGCAGGUGGAUUCUUGUCAAAUACACCAGCCUGGCUCAAGACUAUAGCCUGUAUGGAAAGUUAUCAUUGGAGUACGAACAGUUGUCAUUCUUGGGGCUUGUUCUGUUUUGUCAAGGAUUCACACAUGGAUCCAAGUUAUUAUGUUCCAAUAUUAGAAUGUAGUGAAUGAACAAUGAAUAGACUAUUGACUGUACUGUAUCGCUAGAUUAUGGUAUGUAGCAACUAGGUAGACAACAGUGGACAGGUACUGAACUAUAAUGACCCUUCACCAUGUGUUGUCUAGCCAUUCUAGGCAUGUGGUUCUCACCUGCCAGUACAGACACAGUAUAGAGUCUGGACAAUUGAUAUUUUUCUCCUCAGUCUGUCUGUCUAUCUGUCUGUUUGUCUGUCUGGAAAAUAUAUAUUUUCCCGCUCUGUCUGCCUUUCCGUCCGUCCGUCCUUCCUUAAGUCAGUCUGUCUGUCCAUCCGUCCUCCAGUCCGCCAGUCCUUCUGUCCGUCUGUCUGUCCGUCCUUCAGUCAGUCUGUCCGUCCAUCCGUCCACCAGUCUGUCUGUCCGUCCUUCAGUCCGUCAGUCUGUCUGUCUGUAUUUCAGUCCUUCAGUCCGUCCGUCAGGGUUUCAGUCAGUCUUUCAGUCCUUCAAUCCGUCAGUCUAUCUGUCCGUCCUUCCUUCAGUCCGUCAUUCAGUCCUUCAGUCAGUCCUUCAGUCCUUCAAUCCGUCAGUCUAUCUGUCCGUCCUUCCUUCUGUUUGUCAGUCUGUCCUUCAGUCCGUCAGUCAGUCCGUCCGUCAGUCAGUGAAUGCUUUGCUGCUUCUCUGCUGCUGUGUUCCAUAGUUCACGUCCUCCAUUUGGAGGGUAAAAAGUUUACACUGAUACUACAUAUUAUACUAAACUAAUGGAAGAACUUUCAUGCCCUGGCUUGGUUUGCUGCCUUUGUGAAGCUUGACUUAGGAACCGUGCUUGGUGCUGACUCACACUGUCGUUUCCCAUGACCUGUGAAAGUUCAUUACAUGGCAAUGUGGCCAGAGGCAGUGGAGGCAGUUUGUCGGUGUAGUCUCCCAAAUGGUUCCGUGUGAUACUUAGUCUCCUGACUCCUGUGGAAUGCAGGAUAUAGUUUUGUGAACAGGAGCAGAGUGUUGGUCCACGUUGAGUCGGGACAUAUGUCACCCCCACUGAAUCCUGGGACGGUGGCCAAGGAAGGGUAGGAUAAAAGAGGAGAGGAAAGGUGAGGGAGUGAAAUAAAGGCCAAGGGGAAAGGAGAGAGGAUGAGUUAUCACCAUACAGCACAAUCACUGGACCUGAUCUGACCUGAUCUUCUAUUCCCUGUUGUAAUCUAUUCUGUCACAGUGUGGUUUAUUGCAUAUGUAAUACUGGGGCACUGACAGGGAGAAUGUGUGUGUAGACUGUUCAUGUGUGUGUGUGUGUGUAUGUGUGUGUGUGAGUAGGUGGUUGGUAGGGUAAUCGGGGUGUGUGCGAGAGAGUGUGUGGCUAAUAUGGCAAGUAAUAUGGUUCAUAUAGUGGGUGUGUCCGCCACAAACACAUUUACAUCCAUUACCAUGCAAACAUGUGUGCAUCUUUUCAAGUGUGUGUGUUUAUGCGGAGAGAACCAACACCUAUUCAACCGCCCAGUGUGUGUCUGAGUGGACGUGGUGUGUGUCUGAGUGGACGUGGUGUGUGUCUGAGUGGACGCAGGGGCUGGUCCCACUUGGGGCUCUGUAUGUUGUUGUUCUAAGCCUUCCUCAUUGCUGUUCUAAAGUUUUAUUGCUGGAGUGUUCAGAAUAUUGAUGGUCUCAAAUAUUCAACGCCUCACUUGUGUGCCAUUAAACAUUCAUAGGAGCCUUGUGGUGCUCUGACUGUGACAGCAGAAGGUUGGCCAUGGAAAUGUAUUACCUGCCGAGGCAGGUAGCCUAGCGGUCUCUGGUUCAAAUCCCCGAGCCGGCAAGUUGUAAAAAUCUGCCGUUCUGCCCUUGAGCAAGGCAGUUAACCCACAACAACAACUGCUCUUCGGGCAUCGAUGCUGUCAAUUAAGGCAGCCCCCUGCACCUCUUCGAUUCAGAGGGUUUGGGUUAAAUGGGGAAGGUUGUGCAACUGAUUAGGUAUCCCCUUCCCUUUUUGAUGGAGGUAUACCUCCACCUUGUGGUAGAAUGGGGAAACACUGUUGACAGAGCAGCAGGGUGAAGUUACAUUUUAGUCAUUUAGCAGACGCUCUUAUCCAAAGCGACUUACAGGAGCAAUUAGGGUUAAGUGCCUUGCUCAAGGGCACAUCGGCAUAUUUUUCGCCUAGUCGGCUCGGGGAUUAGAACCAGCGACCUUUCAGUUACUGGUACAACGCUCUUAACCACUAAGCUACCUGCCGCCAAGUUGACCCUAGAUGCUGAUUGUGGGUCAGUUUUGCAUUUUCGCCACUAAUGUUUAAGGUUAGCUUCCAAUUGGCUCAUUCAUCCCCCCUCCUCUCCCCUGUAACUAUUCCCCAGGUGGUUGCUGUGAAUGAGAAUGUGUAAAAUAAGGGUUAAAUGAAAUACAAAUAAAAUUAGCAUCGGGAAAGAGGAAACUGAAAUCCUAGAUCUGUACCUAGUGGAAACUUCACCCUGGAGCGUGGACAGAAACAGAUCAAUUGAGUUGGUGCUUGAUUUAGCCAGCAUUGGCACCAGUACAGUUCAUCCUUUUCUGGUUUCACAGAGAAUAAAACAUGAAAGGUGGAAGAGCAGGUGAAAUAAAGCUACAUUAAAGGAAGGAGAAGGCUUUGGAAUUCAGUUUGAAUAAAGACAGUCUUUUUCUUCUUGGUUUUGCCUUCUAUUCUCUAAUGAAAUGACAGGUGCCAACACUCAGUUCAUCUGGCCUUCAUUGUGCCCCGAGGCUGAGAGAAAUCCCACUCAACUAAAAUAUUUAAUGGAAUUGAUGCAGAGACGUACAUACUGAAUGCAGACUGAUAUAUAGACAUCCCUGCAGGAAAUCUAGAAUCCUCCAACCCGGAUUUCUGGAAAACAUGAGAAUUUUGGGAAAGUUAAUGGAAUUUUGCAACCCUAACACUAAACCAGCCAUAUAUCUGUUCUUCCCCCAGCAUGUCGGACGGCAGAGCCUGCAGACCUUGUGUUCUUGGUGGAUGAGUCUUGGGGCGUGGGCCAGACCAGCUUCUCCUGGGUUAAAGACUUCAUCUCGGCCAUCAUUAAUUCCUUUCAGGACAGUGUGGUGGGGUCCGAGGGCAUUCGCUUUGGAGUCACCGUCUACGGAGAUAUACCCAGGUCUCUAUGGUUAGGUCUGCAGGGUUGGGCAAUGUUAUCCGCAAAGAGCAAAGGUUACUUAGGAACAUUUAUGUAUUUACGUUCCUCUAUCCCUCUCCCCAGGGGUUGGAAAUCUGACCCUGCAAAAGCCAAUGUGGGUGCAGGCUUUUGGUACACCUGAUUUAACUAAUUAACUAGUCAUAGUCUUCAAUAAUUAGUUGAAUCAGCCAAUAAUUGGUGUUACUGCUUUGGCUGUGUCUAAAACCUCUUCAGUGAAUUCCUAAAGACUUCAGUUCAGAGUUCAAAGAAGCUCAGGGACUUUUGUUCUGUCUGUGUUAGGCUCCAUAGAGCCUCACUGCUAAUUUUCAUUUUUACAUUUUAGUCAUUUAGCAGACGCUCUUAUCCAGAGCGACUUACAGUUAGUGAAUGCAUACAUUUUCAUACUAAUCAGUCUAGACUGGCUGAUCCACCCACAACCCAGGAAUGACUCUUCUCUCUCUCUCUCUCUCUCUCUCUCUCUCUCUCUCUCUCUCUCUCUCUCUCUCUCUCUCUCUCUCUCUCUCUCUCUCUCUCUCUCUCUCUCUCUCUCACUCUCUCACUCACUCUCUCACUCUCUCUCUCUCUCUUUCUCUGUCUCUGUCUCUGUCUCUGUCUCUCACUGUCUCCAGGAUGCGUAUUGCCCUAACAGACUACAGCAGUCUAGAGGAGGUCCUGAGGGCAGUGAAGGACCUCCCCUUUGAAGGCGGGGCCAGUCGAACGGGCGACGCCCUCCAGUUCCUGGUGGAUUAUGUCUUCAGUGCGGCUAUCACCAGGGACAAUACCCCCAAGGUUAACUACUGUACAUCUCAUGAGAUUGCUAUAUCAUAUGUGGUUCCUGGGAUGUUAAACACUUCUCCAGGCGUUGUGAGAUCUGAUAGUUAGCAACCACAGGAGGUUGGUGGCACCUUAAUUAGGGAGAGCGGGCUUGUGGUAAUGACUGGAGCGGAAUCAAUGGAAUGGUGUCAAAUACAUCAAACACAGGGUUUCCAUGGUUUCCAUGUGUUUGAUGCCAUUCCAUUUGCUCCGUUCCGGCCAUUAUUAUGAGCCGUCCUCCCCUCAGCAGCCUCCACUGUUAGCAACUGCACUUCUCCUUGAAGUGUUACACUGCACCUGCUAUAACAUGUCAGUCAUUGAGAUUCUUCGCAGCCCUGCAAGUCACACACACACACACACACACACUGCAAGUCAUGCUGAAGCACAGCUGAUGUGGCAGAGAGAGAGAGCAGGAUUAGGUUGACAUAUUUUAUUUCACCACUCGGAAGGCUGAGCACACACACCGUAGCCACAUCAGGUGCAUAUUGAUGUGCUCUCACCCCCCCCCCCCCCCCCCAUCGAUUGGGGCCUGAACUUUCGACAAACUGCAGUGAAUUUUUCAUAAUGGGGAAUUAUCAUUCCGUUGUGUUUUAAGUCUCACACUGCGCUAUUGCAUUAUGCAUGCAAUUAUGAGUUAAAACAUGUCAAAUAUCUCUAAGGACAGAGCUUGUUUUUUGUGUGCAUGGUAAUGUGGUAUUUCCAAUAAGGGCAAGUGUACUCCCUAUGAAGGAAGAUCUAGUUAAUCUAGUUCUAUGCUAUUGUGUGUUGCUUUUAAAAUACUAAUUUUCAUAUUUCCUAUGAGAACAGGUCUCGUUAGUCCAUUUCUAUGUUAUUGUGUUUCGCUAUUGAAAAUACUCAUUUAGGUAUUUCCUCUUAUUUUAAUUAUUUUUAAUUUUACCUUUAUUUAACUAGGCAAGUCAGUUAAGAACAAAUUCUUAUUUACAAUGACGGCCUACACCAGCCAAACCCGGACGACACUGGGCCAAUUGUGCGCCGCCCUAUGGGACUCCCAAUCGCGGCCGGUUGUGAUACAGCCUGGAAUCGAACCAGGGGGUCUGUAGUGAUGCCUCAAGCACUGAGAUGCAGCGCCUUAGACCGCUGCGCCACUCUUAGGGCGGGUCUAGUUUGUCUAGUUCUAAGCAAUUGUGUGUUAAUAUUGAAAAUACCCUUUCAGUAAAUACGGAUUGUAGUUGUAUAUUCUGGUAGAACUGUAACAUAGAACUAGUUUGAUUCGAUUUUCCAUGUUGUUUGCAGAUUGCUGUUCUGAUCACAAACGGCCGUUCGGAUGACCAGGUGGAUGGGCCGGCCAAGGCUGUCACAGACAGUGGCAUCUCUAUCUACGCAGUGGGUGAGUCUGGAACGCUGUGAUUGUAUAUUCAUAAAACAUCCCUGCAGCGUCCUGGAGAUGUUAUCCAGCCUACCUAUCUGCAGUGCCUUAGGUGAGAAAUGAAUGUGGUAUUCAUGGAAUGUCAUUGAAGUGUGUGUGCGUGGAUUUGCAAGUGUGUGAUUAUGUGUGUGUUGAGCUUACGCGUGUGCCUCUGUGUAUCAGUGACCGUGUGUCCAUAAGUGUUUGUAAGUACUGCAUAUUGCUUACACUUCAUGCGCUACAUGACCUAUCUACCAGUGUGUGACUGCACACACUACAAAGCCAUACAUUGUCAUGUGCAGUGAGUGUGUCUCUGCUGUCCUUAGCCCAGAGACGGGAAAAAAUUACAGCUCAUUAGCCAGUGGUGAGCUAAUUACGGUGAUUUUUCAUCAGGCUUUUCUGUGCACCCCCUCCCCCCUGACACGGAGGCCAGGUCCUGGCAAACAUCAUCCCCAUAGAGGGAAGCAUCAAUCUGAUCAGCUAGCUGGUCUCUGUCUGACACAGCUGGACAGAGCCAGCUAACUCAAGUACUACAUAGUACACUACACCGCUAGAGCAGGGGGAGGUGAUCUGGCAGCGCCUUAUGGUGUGUGUGUCUGUGGUGGGGGGGGGGGGGGGGGGGGGGGGGGGGGGGGAUUGUGUGUGUGUGCGUGCAUGUGAGUGUGUGUGUGUGUGCAUGCAUGUGAGUGUGUGUGUGUCUGCGUGCAUGUGGUGUAUGUGUGUGUCUAAGGAUAUAUCUCUCAUCUCAGCAUAUUGCAUGAGCUCCAUCACUCUAAACCCCUUGACACUCUCUAAUAGCAUGAGCAGUUAACAGAACAUUGUGUCUCGCUAAUCAUAUUUAGAAUGGAACAAGAUUCACUUAAUGCGCUGUACAGUACUUUGCCAUGACAAAUGGACACUAUGAUAGAUCAAUGCUAACUAAUGAACGAAAUUAAUAGAUAGAUAUACUAGAUAGGAGCGACUAGGACUGAAUGGAUUAACUCUCUCUCUAGUAGUCUGAAAACAUUAUAUCUUGUAGUUUUUUUUGCACUGCUGAAUGCUUUUGUGGUGCCAUAUUGGAUGUACUGAAAAGAUCCUAUAGAUUUUACAACUAUGUCCGUUCUAGCUUUUCUAUUUCUAUGCUUCUCCUAGGGGUGAGAGGAGCUGAUGAAUCAGAGCUGAGGAAGAUUGUGACCGAGCCCCAUGAGGAACACCUGUUGCUAGCCGCUGACUUCUCUCUCCUGGAUCCUCUCCUGCCCAAACUGUCCCGAAGAAUCUGUUUCACCGCCUCUGAACCCCCACGCCCCAUCAAACACACCCCGGCCGGUGAGAAUUAGCUCCAACCACUGUUCCAGGAUCAGAUUACUCACCUCCAAUCGUAACCCUAACCAUUAGAGGGGUGAAAAUAAUCUGACCCUGUAUCAGUGGUUAAGGGCAACUUUGAAAGUACCUACUCCUGAGAAUGCCCAGAGAUGUACUGCUAUGCUGAACAUUAGCUCCCUCAACAUAGGUACGUUUGUGUAGUGUGGCUAGAUGGCAGCUGUACUGGCCAUGGCCAUUGUAUAUGCGGAUACAUUUAAACAUGUUCUUUUGUUUAGUGGUGUCUGGUGCAUACUCUGUGUGCUCUUCAUGUUUCAACCCCUAUCUGUCCUUCUCUCCCCUCCAUCCUUCUCUCCAUCCUUCUCUCCACUCCAUCCUUCUCUCCAUCCUUCUCUCCACUCCAUCCUUCUCUCUCUCCUUCUUUCCACUCCAUCCUUCUCUCCACUCCAUCCUUCUCUCCACUCCAUCCUUCUCUCUCUCCUUCUCUCCACUCCAUCCUUCUCUCCACUCCAUCCUUCUCUCCACUCCAUCCUUCUCUCCACUCCAUCCUUCUCUCUCUCCUUCUCUCCACUCCAUCCUUCUCUCCACUCCAUCCUUCUCUCCAUCCUUCUCUCCACUCCAUCCUUCUCUCCACUCCAUCCUUCUCUCCACUCCAUCCUUCUCUCUCUCCUCCCUUCUCUCCACUCCAUCCUUCUCAUCCUCUCUCCAUCCUUCUCUCUCCUUCUCUCCACUCCAUCCUUCUCUCCACUCCAUCCUUCUCUCCACUCCAUCCUUCUCUCUCUCUCCUUCUCUCCCCUCCAUCCUCUCUCUCCCCCAUCAGUGGAGGAGCGUGUGGUGGGUCCCCGGGACCUCCAGGUGAGUGAGCUAACCUACAGCAGUCUCAGGCUGACCUGGAGCCAGGCCACCGGGGACGUCACCGGCUACCGCCUCCUGGUCACCCCCCUCAGCCCCAAGGGACAGCUGCUGCCCAGCCUGCAGACACAGGUGAGGGGGAGGGGUUUGUUUAGUGGUUGAGAUGUUGUGGUAAUAACGGUGGCUAAAUUCUGAAUGCCAGCUCAGAUGAUGGGCUAAAAUAGGAUAUUAGGUGUCAAACCACCUGGGUAAAUGCUGAAUGCCAGCUCAGACAAUGGGCUAAAAUAGGAUAUUAGGUGUCAAACCACCUGGGUAAAUGCCUGGUCAAUUCAGUUUUUCAAUUCAGUCAGGAAUUUAAUUGAAAACACUUGAAAACAAUUGACUGAAUUGGAAACUGAACUGACCCGAAAUCUUGUUGGGAGGGUAAGGAGUGAGCUGAGAUAAGUGAACCUGGUAGGGGGGUGGAAGGUGAGUAAGGUGGCAGGGGGAUGGGGGAUGGGAUGUGAGAGGUGACAGGAUAUUGGGGCCCAGGACCAGAUGGUGCUGAGUACAGACACAGAGACUGACCACAGCAGGAUACUGCUAGAUAGAGCUGUGGACUAAGUGUGUGUGUGUGUGUGUGUGUGUGUGUGUGUGUGUGUGUGUGUGUGUGUGUGUGUGUGUGUGUGUGUGUGUGUGUGUCACUAGUAUGCAGUGAGAGAAAAUCAGAAAGCAAUAUCACAAUGACCUUGAGCUUUACAAUGUAAUGUAGUCUAAUGUACUGUAUUGUAAUGUACUGUAAUGUACUAUAAUGUACUGUACACUACACUAUUUGUUGUGGAGUGUGUGUGUGUUUGUGUUCCAUGUGUACAUCUGCUGACCCUUUCUUCUGAACUAUAUUGUGACAUUCACAUUCUUAGUCUUUGUUUUGUAUAGUCUGGUGUGUGUGUGUGUGUGUGUGUGUGCACGUACGUGCGUGUUUUGUCUUUGUCUCGCAGGCAUGGAAUCUUUUCCCAUUGUGUGUUUUCUCUCAGUGAUUUUCUACAGCCUUACCAGAGCCACAGGGUGCAGCACUGGAUUCUCAGAGUGGGUUGUGUGUUUGUCCUUGCUAUGACACUGCUAUAGAACUCUGGAGAAAGAUACUUUAGCAUUCUCUAACAGAACCAUUCCUGCAGGGACAAUCAAACUAUGCAGGCAUUACAUAAAUUGUGUAUUGGGUGGUGAAGUCACAGAGGAGAGGAUGGAUGCGAUAGGGUUGAGAUGUAUUUGAAAGAGAUUUGAAAGAGUACUGUGGAAUAUAAAAAAUGUUUUCUAACCCUGACGUUAAAAAUAAAGUGUUUUAUUGUUACAUACAUAGGUGCAGUGAAAUGUGUUGUUUUACACCCCUGGCGCAAAUUAGGGUUAAGUGCCUUGCUCAAGGGCACAUCGACAGGUUUUUCACCUUGACUGCUCCGGUAUUCGAACCAACGACCUUUCAGUUACUUGCCCAACACUCUAACCGCUAGGCUACCUGCCGCCCUACAGCUGUUGCACAUAUCAGUUCUAUUCCAACUGAUUCCUCUAAUUAUCAUGCCCUUGUAUAGCUGAAUCAGGUGGUGCUGGGAAAGAACAAAUAUGUGCAACGGCUGACUGAGUGGUGAAAGACCGGUGUAGAAUGAUUACAGAGUAGAGUGAUUCUAGUGAUGAAAGACCGGUGUAGAAUGAUUACAGAGUAGAGUGAUUCUAGUGAUGAAAGACCGGUGUAGAAUGAUUACAGAGUAGAGUGAUUCUAGUGAUGAUACACUGAGUGAUGAAAGACUGGUGUAGAAUGAUUACAGAGUAGAGUGAUUCUAGUGAUGAUACACUGAGUGAUGAAAGACUGGUGUAGAAUGAUUACAGAGUAGAGUGAUUCUAGUGAUGAUACACUGAGUGAUGAAAGACUGGUGUAGAAUGAUUACAGAGUAGAGUGAUUCUAGUGAUGAUACACUGAGUGAUGAAAGACUGGUGUAGAAUGAUUACAGAGUAGAGUGAUUCUAGUGAUGAUACACUGAGUGAUGAAAGACUGGUGUAGAAUGAUUACAGAGUAGAGUGAUUCUAGUGAUGAUACACUGAGUGAUGAAAGACUGGUGUAGAAUGAUUACAGAGUAGAGUGAUUCUAGUGAUGAUACAGUUCCUGAAUACACACGUACACACGCACACACCCACACAAAACAAUCCCCACAAACACCCUUACCCAUUUCACUCAAACCUCUCCCUCUCUCCUUCUCUCCCUCUCUCCCGCUCCCUCUCCUUCUCCCUGUCCCUCUCCCUGUCCCUCUCUCUCUCUCUCCCUGUCCCUCUCCCGCUCUCUCUCCCUGCCCCUCUCUCUCUCCCUGUCCUGUGUGUGUCGUAUCAGAUUGAUCUGAAAGGUGAUGAGAGGACAUCUCUAGUGACAGAGCUGACUCCUAAGACAGAGUACUCUCUGACUGUCUACGCUAUCUACCCCGGCCUCAUUGGAGACUCUGCCACCAUCAUCACACAGACACGUGGGUUACAGAGGCACUAACAUCAACAAUCCCACACACACAGACAUGCACCUAUGCUCGCACACGAGCGUGCACGCACACACACACACACACACACACAUACAGUGGGGAAAAAAAGUAUUUAGUCAGCCACCAAUUGUGCAAGUUCUCCCACUUAAAAAGAUGAGAGAGGCCUGUAAUUUUCAUCAUAGGUACACGUCAACUAUGACAGACAAAUUGAGGAAAAAAAAUCCAAAAAAUCACAUUGUAGGAUUUUUUAUGAAUUUAUUUGCAAAUGAUGGUGGAAAAUAAGUAUUUGGUCACCUACAAACAAGCAAGAUUUCUGGCUCUCACAGACCUGUAACUUCUUCUUUAAGAGGCUCCUCUGUCCUCCACUCGUUACCUGUAUUAAUGGCACCUGUUUGAACUUGUUAUCAGUAUAAAAGACACCUGUCCACAACCUCAAACAGUCACACUCCAAACUCCACUAUGGCCAAGACCAAAGAGCUGUCAAAGGACACCAGAAACAAAAUUGUAGACCUGCACCAGGCUGGGAAGACUGAAUCUGCAAUAGGUAAGCAGCUUGGUUUGAAUUAAUCAACUGUGGGAGCAAUUAUUAGGAAAUGGAAGACAUACAAGACCACUGAUAAUCUCCCUCGAUCUGGGGCUCCAUGCAAGAUCUCACCCCGUGGGGUCAAAAUGAUCACAAGAACGGUGAGCAAAAAUCCCAGAACCACACGGGGGGACCUAGUGAAUGACCUGCAGAGAGCUGGGACCAAAGUAACAAAGCCUACCAUCAGUAACACACUACGCCGCCAGGGACUCAAAUCAUGCAGUGCAAGAUGUGUCCCCCUGCUUAAGCCAGUACAUGUCCAGGCCCGUCUGAAGUUUGCUAGAGUGCAUUUGGAUGAUCCAGAAGAGGAUUGGGAGAAUGUCAUAUGGUCAGAUGAAACCAAAAUAUAACUUUUUGGUAAAAACUCAACUCGUCGUGUUUGGAGGACAAAGAAUGCUGAGUUGCAUCCAAAGAACACCAUACCUACUGUGAAGCAUGGGGGUGGAAACAUCAUGCUUUGGGGCUGUUUUUCUGCAAAGGGACCAGGACGACUGAUCCGUGUAAAGGAAAGAAUGAAUGGGGCCAUGUAUCAUGAGAUUUUGAGUGAAAACCUCCUUCCAUCAGCAAGGGCAUUGAAGAUGAAACGUGGCUGGGUCUUUCAGCAUGACAAUGAUCCCAAACACACCGCCCGGGCAACGAAGGAGUGGCUUCGUAAUAAGCAUUUCAAGGUCCUGGAGUGGCCUAGCCAGUCUCCACAUCUCAACCCCAUAGAAAAUCUUUGGAGGGAGUUGAAAGUCCGUGUUGCCCAGCGACAGCCCCAAAACAUCACUGCUCUAGAGGAGAUCUGCAUGGAGGAAUGGGCCAAAAUACCAGCAACAGUGUGUGAAAACCUUGUGAACACUUACAGAAAACGUUUGACCUGUGUCAUUGCCAACAAAGGGUAUAUAACAAAGUAUUGAGAAACUUUUGUUAUUGACCAAAUACUUAUUUUCAACCAUAAUUUGCAAAUAAAUUCAUUAAAAAUCCUACAAUGUGAUUUUCUGGAUUUUUUUUCUCAUUUUGUCUGUCAUAGUUGACGUGUACCUAUGAUGAAAAUUACAGGCCUCUCUCAUCUUUUUAAGUGGUAGAACUUGCACAAUUGGUGGCUGACUAAAUACUUUUUUUCCCCCACUGUACACACACACUAGCACGCACGCACACACAGGUAAAUAUUGAUGAGCAUAUUCUCAAACAAACACCUGGUGAACACACUCACAUACAGUAGUAUUGUAAAUAUAGAUCCACACGUAUACUCAGUCUACAUGCAGACAUUCACCCACAUUGAAACGUACACAUCACAUUACCUGUGCUCAUUUAUAACCAGACAUUUUGCAUAUACACAUGCAAUUUCAAAUAUACUCAACGUUACAACAUAUUUUCCUUCCUCUGACUUAGCCCCUGUGCCUCCUGUCUCAAACUUCCGUGUGAUCGAGGAGGGGCUCUUCUCUCUGAGGUUGGCAUGGACACCACCUCUAGGGAAGCUCGAGGGAUACAAGAUCUUCAUCCCCAGAUGUGAGUUGACUCCUGUAUUGACAUUACACCACAUCAUUAGUCUCAUCCAGACUUGGGUUCGAAUAAUAUAUAUUUCAGAUACUUGUAGUGUUUGCUUUAGCGGGUCAAGAGUGCCAGGCGGGCGAAGUUUAUACUUUUGGGACUUUUCUAUGGGUCCAUUGCAGUAGACAACCUUAAUCAACCACAGCUAAGGUAUUUUAAAUUAUUUGAGUAUUUGAACCCAGGUCUGGUUACCAUAGUUAUUUCAGUUUAAUUGAGGCUUCGUAUCAUAUGCCGGUCUCUUGGGGUUUUACAAGAACUUAGACACCAGGUACAGAAGUUCAAAGGGCUAUACAUAUCUCAUUGUAAAGCCCUUCACAUUUUCUUUACUAGAUAUCAUGCCUCUGAUUCCCCCGUCUCUUGCGGUGUCAUAACAACUUUGACACUGCGAAGGCUACAGAAUUAGACAGGGAUACAUAUUUAGUCAUAAUCCCUUCACAUAUUUCUCUACUUGAUGUCAUGGCUCUCAUUGUCUUUGGGUGUUAUAACAAAUGUAAUACCCAGUACAGAAUUUAUAAUUGUCUUUAUUGAAGGUAGUUUUCACUUCUGGUACAGAAUGUAACAGGGAUACCUAUUUUGUCCUAAACUCGGUAAACCCAGAACUAUAAUCCAGCGUAAUUUGGUUUAUGUUUAAGUAGUCUGUCCACAAAAGAUUAAUUGUGUCGUAACCCCAUGCAGCCAACAGGCCAGGGCUGACCUAUGAGCAGGUGCUGCGCGGCGACACCUCCUCCCAUGUGAUUGACAGCUUGGAGGAGGAUAAGAAGUACACCGUCAGUAUCUAUGCUGUCUACCCCCAGGGCCCCAGCGAACCUGUCUCGAUCGUCGGCAAAACACGUAAGUGACCUUGCUGAAUGUGUCCACCAAGGGCUAGAAUUUUACAUUUGAGUAAUUUAGCAGACACCUUUAUCCAGAGAGAUAUACAGGCGCUAUUAGGGUUGAGUGCCUUGCUCGAGGGCACAUCGACAGAUUUUGUUCACCUAGUCGGCACAGGGAUUCGAAACUAGUAACCUUUUGGUUACUGGCCCAACACUCUUAACCGCUAGUCUACCUGCCUCAAACCAAUCCUAUGCUUUUAAAUCAAUGAGUGGGAGUUUACAAGUUGUGGAACACUUCUAGAAAAUGGUGGAAAAUCAGGAUGCUUCCAUUGCCUUUGAAAGGGAUCUUGAAAAUACAAUCGAAGUCAAUAGCCUAUGAAAUCUAGGUUUCAAUAGAACCUUAGUGCCCUAUUUCACACCUUUCUGACUAUGUAAUAAGUUGUUUUUCUAUGAUUGUCCACUAAGUGUCAGUGUAGCUUCUCCCAACAUGCUGAUCAGAUUUCUGAGGCUGUGGUCAGGUAUUUCACUAUAUGUGUGUGAUGCAGUUUGUCUGUACUGCCUCAGAUUACAUUUUUUAUAAUUUAUGUAAAUAUUAAAUAAACAGGAAUGUAUUCAUUAGUGUUCCACCCCUAACUGAGACUCUGUGUGUGUGUGUGUGUGUGUGUGUGUGUGUGUGUGUGUGUGUGUGUGUGUGUGUGUGUGUGUGUGUGUGUGUGUGUGUGUGUGUGUGUGUGUCUAUAUCUAUUCUGCAGUGAAACUGGUGCCAGUGCAGCAGUUCCUGGUCCAAAACGCCACCACAGACACAGUCCAGGCCCGCUGGGGCUCAGUGAAGGGGGCCUCGGGGUAUCGCCUCACCUGGUCCUCCUCAGGUACUGGGACCCUAUUAGCAGUGUGUUACCAAGGUCACCAGAAGACACACUGAACACACAUUGACCACUCAGACACUGUGUCUUUGAAGUUACCAGACUACAUACAGUCUGCAUACACACUAUAUACAACUACAUACAGACCAUAUACAACUACAUAGAGACAACAUAGAGACUACAUAGAGACCACAUACAGACUACAUACAGUCUGCAUAGAGACUAUAUACACACUACAUACAGACUACAUACAGAUACACAAUGACUUUGACAUAGUGUAUGUAUUUGACCCAGAUCUGGAGGUCACCUAAGAUCACAUCUACCCAACCCCCCUCCCCUCUUCCACCACCAGAUGGCCAUAGAGAGAACGUGAACCUGGGGGAGACCUAUAACUUCUACAUGAUCCAGGGCCUCCACCAAGGCACUGAGUACACCAUCACCAUCAACCCCAUCUUUGUGGACAUCGAGGGCCCUGUCACCUCUACCCCAGCCAAGACACGUGAGUUACCAUGGACACUGGGGCUAUGCACAGGAUGAGUCAACUUUUGAACAUUAUGGUUGCGUCCCAAAUGGCACCCUAUUAGCUACAUAAUACACUACUUUUGACCAGAGCCCUAGCAGUGUGCCGGCCGAGGCACUCUCCCUUUAUCAUGCAGCUGUUCAAUGAGUAACGUUCUAUCCAUAAUGAGUGUUAAAGGGGUAAUCUGGGAUUUGGUACAUCCACGUUUAACGAAUAAAUGCCUCAUCAGCUUAGUUGUACUGUUUUACCCCUCCCCAAAAAAUUCCCAAAGCAGCCUUUGCCAUUUUGUUGUUUUUCGAAUUCCCUCUAGAGGCUGUAAAUGUUGUUUUUCCUAAUUAGGGAAAGGUGAAAUGGGCAGGGCAAAUUUUUCCCUGGCAAAAACCGGGAAAAACCAAAAAGAAAAAAGCCAAAAACCUGGGGAAAAAAAAAAAAACCCCCAAAACCCAAAAAAAAAAAAGGGGGGGAAACCCAAAAGGGGAAAGGGGGAAAAAAAAAAAAAAUUUGGGGGGCCAAAUGGGAAAAGGUCCCCCAAAAAAAAAUUUUAAAAAUUUAAAACUCCAAAGGCCGGGGGCCAAAACCAAAAAACCCCGGGUUUCCCCCCCACACAGUAAAGAUUGAAAGGGGAAGGGACCAAAAAAUUUCGCAUUUUGAACCAGGUGUCACAAGGGCACUCGGGGAAGACGUUGCCUAAGACUUCCAUGUGGGACCAAGCCACACAUACACCUAAAACCCUUACAACCCUCAUGUAAAUUCCCCGACAAUCUAUGCUCCCCAAAUUUAAACUUGAAUAUGGAAAAAACUCCUAAAAAAAGAGCAAUCACCUGACAGGGAUAACAUGUCAACCUUUUGGAAGGGGCCCGGCAAGAGGGUAGAAAGGGUGCUUCGAAAGGGAUUUAGGUCUGGGCAAGCCCCUUUCUGGAUGAUUGCAAGUUUACCUAAUGGAGUUUGUAAAGGUUCAAGAUUGAAAGUAAAUAGUUAAGAUAAUGCCAUCCUAGUUACCAUCCAAGAAGAGAAAAGCCAAAGCAAGACAAUGUGGCCAUGGGUUUCGAAAUGGGCUCUGGUUUUUUAACUCCACAAUUAGUUGUCUUAAACUCGGGAAACCAAUAGCAUGCCUGGGGAGGGAAGUAAAGAGUAAAAUGAGGGAGGGGGGCCCCCCAGAAGAGAAAAAGCUUACCGGCCAAGGGCUGGAGGCUGCCCCUUUCUUGCACCCACUCCCUUUACUUAAACAGGUGAGGGGGGGGGGGAAAGGGAAGGCAAAAAACAAAUCGGUAGGGGGCGGGUAAAGAGGGGGGGGAGAAGAGGUGGGGGACAAAUUUAGGUAGAAGCAAAGUAGGGGAGCAAGGAGAAAGGAGGGGAAGAACGCCCAAACAAGGGGGAAAAAAAGAGACAGAUCUCGGGGGAGGAGAGAAAAGAGGAGGGGGAGAAAGGAGAGGAAAAGAAGGGACGGGGGGAGAAGGAGGAGGAAAAGGGGAAAGAGAAGAGGAAGAGAGGAGAUGCAGAGAAGGGAAAAGAAAAGAGAGUAAGGAAGAGGGGGGGAAGGGGUGGGGAAGGGUCGGAGGAAGGAAAUACGGAGGGGGAAGGGGGUUUAGUAGGGAGAAAAAAACAAAAAAAAGAAAAACCCCCAACCCUGCUCGCUCAUUCGUGCUCAACCCCCUUCUCUCGUUCUCUUUCUCCUCUCUCUCCUCUCUCUCCUCCUCUCUCUGCCCCAAGCGUGCGGUCAGACUUUGGCGGCACAGUGAACACCAACAGUGCUGUGGUCUCCUGGAACUCUGUCUCUGGGGCCACCGGCUACAGACUAGCCUGGGGGCCCACUCCAGGUGACCUCUCACCUCUACACAAUACACACUUGCACAAAACAAAACAAAAAAAACAACCCCCCUACCCCCUAGACACUUGUGGAGAUCUGAGGGGAUUUGAUUUGAUAGUCUAGGUGGAAUUGUUUUACCAUAUUAAUUAUCCCUGUCCAAUCCUCUCAGAUCUCCAGAAGUGUCUAUGGAGCUGUGUACCUACCUACCUACCAUCCCUCUGUCUCACCGUGUCUAUCAAAAUCAGCAUCACUAGAACAUGAUUGGAGGAAGAUUCUGCAGCGGGGUUAUGGGUAAAAGAAGGUGACGGGAGGGAGGGGGUAUUUGAUGUCACCCCUCUGAGCGUCCCAGUGGUGACACGACACAGAUCCUUUGAAAUGCCAGCACUGGGCUCCCCACACUGUCACUCGGAAGUACCAGCGUCAUUUCCAAGUGACAAGCUGGCAUCAUGGCCACCCCCUCAGAAAACAGGAAAAUAAAAGGAGAGCUGGAGGGAUAUGUCGGUUGUUUUAAUGAGGGGACGGGCUUUUGAUGAUGUUUAUAUGGGGAUGACAGGAAAGGGGGGAAUGUGUGAAUAAAGAGGAGUGUUUGUGUCUGAAAGUGAGAGAAAAGGAAUUGAUCAAGCUAGAUGAAAAGAUGGAGGAAGGAUAUUAGGGUUCCUUCUCCUUUCAUGUGGAAAUGAUGAUGAUGAUGAUGAGUUAUUUUGGGGUUUAGGUUGGUUUUCGUUCUGGCAUCCUCUUCUCUUCUCAUUGCCCUCACGACUGGUUGCCUUUUUUUAAAUAACUCGGGAUGCUUUUAAUGUCAACAGAGCUAUGCUUCGAAAUGAAAGAUGUCAACAAACAAUCCCAAUGUCUGUAGAAUUACUUGCUUUAGAUGAUUUGAUUUGAUUUUUGAAAAAUGAAUGCUCUUAUAUUUUUUGUGCUUUUUGCUUUGUGCAUUUGCCUGUAUUGGGCUGUAAGUGUUUGGAAAAGCAAUAUGAAAGGGACAAAUUAAAUGGAAUGGUCGUUAAGGGAUUCAUUAAGUGACCUAAUGGCUAAUUAUCUAAUUUGAUUUAAGCUACAUAGUGAGCCAUUUUGCAGAUCAUCAGACACAACUCAACUGAACACUCCAUUGGUCCAAAGGAGUUUGCCUCCAAUAGCAGGUUAUUUUUUUUCACCAAAGGGUAGAAGUUGUCCCAAUGUACAGAUCUAGGAUCAGCUUACCCUCCCCAAUUCCUAACCAAAAUCAUUAUGGGCAAAACACUAAACUGACCUUAGAUCAGGGCUUAAGCCCUAAUCCUCCCCCCUACUCCAUUGUUAUGUGUGUGUUAUUCUUCCAGAGUUUGUGGGUCGGGACCGUCCUAGGCAGCUGGCUCUGAAUGGCUCUACCACAGAGUACCUUCUGAAGAACAUGGUCCAUGACACAGAGUAUGUCCUGUCUCUCUACGUCCUGUUUGGAUCGCUGGUGGGACCCGGCGUCUCAGCUACCUUCCGCACAUGUGAGUCCAAACGUUACCUCUUUCCUAGUAAAGUAUAUUUUCAUCACUACCCUGAUUACUUCCCCUUUAUCUAGCACUCCGUUGUAUCACCCAUCAGGCAGUAUUGUUUUCUGUUUUCAUGUUCAGACUCUACUCCAGUUUUUGUAUUCUCUGUUCGUUCCGAUUAAACUCACUGACUGCACCUGCUCCCUGCGUCUUCGUCAUGUUGCCUUGUAUUCCCUCUUCUCUGCCCGCUAGCUCCUUUGGGAUAUGUGUCUAACUUCCAAGUGACUUCCUACACCAGUUCCUCCAUCGACGUGGAGUGGAGUCCCAUCGUGGGGUCCACCGAGUACAAACUCACCUGGAACAUCGGUACUGUACUGGGCUUCUUGUUCCUAAAUAUAACCUUAUCUGAAUUUCAAAGAUGAAUGUAGCCUGUGAACUGGCAGUGUGUGUGUGUGUGUGUGUGUGUGUGUGCACAUAGGUGUGCGUGCCUGAGUCUUUUAAUUUGUUGUGUUACACAGAUGGCAACACUCCCCAGUCCCAGUAUCUGGACCGCAGUGUUCUGUUCCACCGCAUUGAGGGCCUCAACCCAGAGACGGUCUACAUAGUUAGCAUCCACGCUGUCUACGGCAACACAGAGGGGCCAGAAAUCUCCCUCUCACAGCUCACAGGUACCUGGAGAGGGAGUAUGGGGCAAAUCCUAACUUAUGCAUGAUUUUUUCCCCCGCAGUGGUGCUGGUGGGUAUUGGACAUUUUCACUUAUGCAUGCAUUGAUGUCAUUGGGAGACUAAGUGAAAUUCCGACUCAAGUGGAAGCCAGGAUUCGCCCCUAUGACGUCAGUGAAGUCUGCAGUCACAGCAAUGUGCUUGGUAGGCGCUGUAUACAAACAACUAAUUUAAGGAAGGGGCAUAGAUUUUUUUUUUUAAAGCAAUUUCUUUGAUUGGAUACUGGAAAUCCAAAUGCGUAUGCAUGGAAACACAAGAAAGCAGUGGUUGACGAGUUGUUGUCGGUAGUGUACUCACACUUAUGCAUGGGAAACCCUCACACUACACCGUUGUAAUUCCAAGACAAUUGUAUUUCUAAGAUGUGCGUUUUUAACGAGACCACUGUUAUUUCAAUCGAGUACAGGCUUAAAUGAAUGACAACAGAGAAAAUUGAUGAUCCAUUCAGACCAGCCUUACUGAUUGAACUUUCGUAACUACAGUGAGGGAAAAAAGUAUUUGAUCCCCUGCUGAUUUUGUACGUUUGCCAACUGACAAAGACAUGAUCAGUCUAUAAUUUUAAUGGUAGGUUUAUUUGAACAGUGAGAGACAGAAUAACAACAAAAAAAUCCAGAAAAACGCAUGUCAAAAAUGUUAUAAAUUGAUUUGCAUUUUAAUGAGGGAAAUAAGUAUUUGACCCCUCUGCAAAACAUGACUUAGUACUUGGUGGCAAAACCCUUGUUGGCAAUCACAGAGGUCAGACGUUUCUUGUAGUUGGCCACCAGGUUUGCACACAUCUUAGGAGGGAUUUUGUCCCACUCCUCUUUGCAGAUCUUCUCCAAGUCAUUAAGGUUUUGAGGCUGACGUUUGGCAACUCGAACCUUCAGCUCCCUCCACAGAUUUUCUAUGGGAUUAAGGUCUGGAUGUCACGCCCUGACUCAAGGGACUCGUAUAUGUUGAGUCAGGGUGUGUAUGUUCUAUGUUGUAUAUUUCUAUGUUGAUGUUCUAGUAUGUCUAUUUCUAUGUUGGCUGGUGUGGUUCCCAAUCAGAGGCAGCUGUCGCUCGUUGUCUCUGAUUGGGGACCAUACUUAGGCAGCCUUUUGGCACUAGUUAGUUGUGGGAUCUUGUUCCGUGUGAAGUAUGUUGUUUGUCUACCUUGGACUUCACGUUUUGUUGUUUUGUCAUGGUGUUUAUUCAAUAUAAAUAAACAUGUAUCCAUAUCACGCUGCGCCUUGGUCCGUCCCGUUCGUCAACUAUCGUGACAGAAGAUCACACCAAACGAGGACGAAGCAGCGUGUCCAGGACCAGACAGCCUGGACCUGGGAGGAGAUCCUGGAUGGUAAGGGAUCCUGGACUUGGGAGGAGAUUCAGGCCGGGAUGGAUCGCCGUCCUUGGGAGGAGACAGUGGAGGCGCGAUAUAGAGAGGAGCAGCGGCAAUGCGGAAGGCGCCGGCCGAGGAAGAAGCCCGAGAGACAGCCCCAAGAUCAUUUUUUGGGGGGGGCUAAAAGGGUGGUUGGCGGAGCCUAGAGGUAGAGCAGAGCCAACUCCCCGUACUCACGCGAGGAGGAGUGUGACUGGGCAGGCUCCGUGUUAUGCGGAGCUACGUACUGUGUCGCCAGUGUUCCGGCACAGUCCUGUACGUCCUGUGCUAGCACCACGCACGUGUCGUGCGAAGAUGGGCAUUCAGCCAGGACGGGGUGUGCCGGCUCAACGCUCCUGGUCUCCAGUACGCCUCCUCGGUCCCGCAUAUCCUGCGCCUGUUCUACGAGCUGUAUCGCCAGUGCGCGUGCACAGCCCAGUGCGUCCUGUGCCAGCGCCCCGCAUGUGUAGUGCGAAAGUGGGCAGCCAGCCAGGACGGGUUGUGCCAGCUCUCCGCUCCAGACCUCCAGUCCGCCUUCGCAGUCCGGUCCGGCCCGUUCCUGCUCCUCGCACCAAACCAGUGGUGCGUGUUCCCAGCCCGGCCCGGCCUGUUCCUGCUCCUCGCACCAAGCCAGUGAUGCAGUGGUGCUCCUCGCACCAAGCCACUCCUGAGUGGCGCAGUGGUCUAAGGCACUGCAUCGCAGUGCUAACUGUGCCACUAGAGAUCCUGGUUCGAAUCCAGGCUCUGUCGCAGCCGGCCGCGACCGGGAGACUCAUGGGCGGCGCACAAUUGGCCCAGCGUCGUCUAGGGUAGGGGAGGGAAUGGCCGGCAGGGAUGUAGCUCAGUUGAUAGAGCAUGGCGUUUGCAACGCCAGGGUUGUGGGUUCGAUUCCCACGGGGGGCCAGUAUAAAAAAAAAAUGUAAUCACUAACUGUAAGUCGCUCUGGAUAAGAGCGUCUGCUAAAUGACUAAAAUGUAAUGUAAAUGUAAUGUAAAUGUGCGCGUCGCCAGCCUGGUUCGGCCUGUUCCUGCUCCUCGCACCAAGCCAGUGGUGCGCGUCGCCAGCCCGGCCCGGCCUGUUCCUGCUUCUCGCACCAAGCCAGUGGUGCGCGUCGCCAGCCCGGCUCGGCCUGUUCCUGCUCCUCGCACCAAGCCAGUGGUGCGCGUCGCCAGCCCGGUCCAGCCUGUUCCUGCUCCUCGCACCAAACCUGUGGUGCGCGUCGCCAGCCCGGCCCGGACUGUUCCUGUCCCUCGCACCAAGCCAGUGGUGCGCGUCGCCAGCCCGGUCCGGCCGGUUCCUGUCCCUCGCACCAAGCCAGUGGUGCGCGUCGCCAGCCCGGCCUGUUCCUGUCCCUCGCACCAUGCCAGUGGUGCGCGUCGCCAGCCCGGUCCGGCCUGUUCCUGCUCCUCGCACCAAGCCAGUGGUGCGUGUGUCCAGUCCGGCACGGCCCGUGCCUGUCCCACCGGUGCCUGGUCCGGCACUAGUCAGCUGCUCCACUCCAGAGCCAGAGCAGUCCGCUCCACCGGUGCCUGAUCCAGCUCCGGUUAGCUGCUCCACUCCGGAGCCAGAGCAAUCCGCUCCACCGGGGUCCAGUCCAGCUCCGGUCAGCGGCUCCACUCCGGAGCCAGAGUAGUCCGCUCCACCGGUGCCUGAUCCAGCUCCGGUCAGCGGCUCCACUCCGGAGCCAGAGCAGUUCGAUCCACCGUCGUCGGGUCCAGCUCCAGUCAGUGGUUCCUGUCCAGACCCAGACGUCAGCCCCUCUCCAGGUUCGGGGUCUCCCACACCAGGGUCCAGAGAGGGCUUGGUACUUCGUGGGAGGAAGGAGAGGGGAAGCAGCGCGCCGAGGUCCAGACCAGAGGCGCAACAGGGAGGUGGAGAGUAAGUGGUGGUCACGCCCUGAGCCGGAUCCGCCUCCGAGGCGGAAUGCCCACCCGGCCCCUACCCUGUUAUGUUUAUGUGGCGCGGUCGGAGUCCGCACCUUUGGGGGGGGGGGGGGGGGGGGUACUGUCACGCCCUGACUCAAGGGACUCGUAUAUGUUGAGUCAGGGUGUGUAUGUUCUAUGUUGUAUAUUUCUAUGUUGAUGUUCUAGUAUGUCUAUUUCUAUGUUGGCCGGUGUGGUUCCCAAUCAGAGGCAGCUGUCGCUCGUUGUCUCUGAUUGGGGACCAUACUUAGGCAGCCUUUUGGCACUAGUUAGUUGUGGGAUCUUGUUCCGUGUGAGGUAUGUUGUUUGUCUACCUUGGACUUCACGUUUUGUUUCAUUUGUUGUUUUGUCGUGGUGUUUAUUCAAUAUAAAUAAACAUGUAUGCAUAUCACGCUGCGCCUUGGUCCGUCCCGUUCGUCAACGAUCGUGACACUGGAGACUGGCUAGGCCACUCCAGGACCUUAAUGUGCUUCUUCUUGGGCCACUCCUUUGUUGCCUUGGCCGUGUGUUUUGGGUCAUUGUCAUGCUGGAAUACCCAUCCACGACCCAUUUUCAAUGCCCUGGCUGAGGGAAGGAGGUUCUCACCCAAGAUUUGACGGUACAUGGCCCCGUCCAUCGUCCCUCUGAUGCGGUGAAGUUGUCCUGUCCCCUUAGCAGAAAAACACUCCCAAAGCAUAAUGUUUCCACCUCCAUGUUUGACGGUGGGGAUGGUGUUCUUGGGGUCAUAGGCAUCAUUUCUCCUCCUCCAAACACGGCGAGUUGAGUUGAUGCCAAAGAGCUCAAUUUUGGUCUCAUCUGACCACAACACUUUCACCCAGUUCUCCUCUGAAUCAUUCAGAUGUUCAUUGGCAAACUUCAGACGGGCCUGUAUAUGUGCUUUCUUGAGCAGGGGGACCUUGCGGGCGCUGCAGGAUUUCAGUCCUUCACGGCGUAGUGUGUUACCAAUUGUUUUCUUGGUGACUAUGGUCCCAGCUGCCUUGAGAUCAUUGACAAGAUCCUCCCGUGUAGUUCUGGGUUGAUUCCUCACUGUUCUCAUGAACAUUGCAACUCCACGAGGUGAGAUCUUGCAUGGAGCCCCAGGCCGAGGGAGAUUGACAGGUAUUUUGUGUUUCUUCCAUUUGCAAAUAAUCGCACCAACUGUUGUCACCUUCUCACCAAGCUGCUUGGCUAUGGUCUUGUAGCCCAUUCCAGCCUUGUGUAGGUCUACAAUCUUGUCCCUGACAUCCUUGGAGAGCUCUUUGGUCUUGAACAUGGUGGAGAGUUUGGAAUCUGAUUGAUUGAUUGCAUCUGUGGACAGGUGUAUUUUAUACAGGUAACAAGCUGAGAUUAGGAGCACUUUAAGAGUGUGCUCCUAAUCUCAGCACGUUACCUGUAUAAAAUACACCUGGGAGCCAGAAAUCUUUCUGAUUGAGAGGGGGUCAAAUACUUAUUUCCCUCAUUAAAAUGCAAAUCAAUUUAUAAAAUUUUUGACAUCCGUUUUUCUGGAUUUUUGUUGUUGUUAUUCUGUCUCUCACUGUUCAAAUAAACCUACCAUAAAAAUUAUAGACUGAUCAUUUCUUUGUCAGUGGGCAAACAUACGAAAUCAGCAGGGGAUCAAAUACUUUUUUCCCUCACUGUACAUUAUACGGAAAAUAUGGAGUGUGUAACACUGAGUAACUGGCUAUUUACAUAACCCACAGCCCUGUGGAUGAAGUCCUGAUAUUGUAAUUAAGUAGGGGAUGUGGUGCCCUCGUUUGAUUGACGGGUCAUUUACUUUGAGCUUGCUAUUUUAACUGCAGUUCCCUUUGUUUUCACUUAAGGCUUGUGUUUUAACCACUGCCGUGUGUGUGUGUGUCACUGCUGCCUGGCAUGGUUGUUAUCAUCUAAUAGUUUUAUCUGAGUUCGUUUCGACUGUUAGAAACUUUUAACAGAAAGUACUUGCUGGAACUGGCCUUGUGUAAAACAAAAAACUCUCUCAAUUUACAUUGAAGAAGUCCAUCCAAUACAUAUAAUUAAUUGUAUAUGUAUUCAAGGUGAGCAUCUGGAAUAUGCUCAAAGCGUUCUAUGUUGAACCACCAAUGUGUAGCAUCCAUGUAACGGCAGCCAUUUUGUGGCAGAAAUCUCACCACACAUCUAUUGUUUAUCUUAAACUAACCUACAUCUACUGUUUGAUGUGGUUGUGUCAGCAUCGGUGACAGAAUCAGAGCUGAUCCAGGCGGUCAAGGAGGUGAAGGUGGUGGAUGUCGGAGUCAACUCCUUCAAACUGGCCUGGAGGAGAACACCUGGGAUCACUGGCUACAAGAUCUCCUGGAGCCCCUUCCAUGGUGAGGAACACACACAUACAUGUAUGCACACGCACACACACAUACACACACAUUCACAAGUAGGCUCUAUCUCAAUUUGUCUUUCCGGCUUCCUUGCAUCCCCUCACCUCCCUCUUGUAUUAGAGGACAUGGAACCUCCCCUCAGACCUAAGUUCUGCUUCAAGGUGAGGAGAGAGGAUGUGAGGAAUGAAGGAAAGAUCAUUGUGAAAUAGCUGUAGGCUAUCCUGUUGUCCCGACCUAUAAAUAUCCCAUGCAUGUUGGCCUCCCUGCCUCUAGGUGACGAUGAGAAGUCCCAGCUAGUCUCUUCCUCCACUACCGCCUUCACCAUUCCUAAGUUACAGGAGAGCUCUGCCUAUAAGAUCCAGGUGGCGUCUUUGGUGGGGGGCCGAGAAGGGAGCCCGUUCCUGGUCACUGCACGCACCUGUGAGUAGUGAACUAUGGCUACACCUCUCAGAUAUUCCUCUGGAUAAGAGCGGCUGCUAAAUUACUCAAAUGUAGACCUGUCACACGUCUCUACUCACCUAGCACCACCACCUAGCCAAAAAAGUAGCAGUAAGGUAUCUUAAAGUCAUUCAGUGUAGUUGAGGGGAUCAGUUUGAGGAAGGCGAGGCGCAGAAUCGAUAAUCUUGAUCACAUAAUGAGUAGUUAUUUGGGAUGCAAGGUGAUUUGUCUGCAGUCUGACUGCGAUGUAGCCAUUCUCAAUCACUUAUGUGUUGGAUGUGUUAUGUUCCAGUGGACCUGCCCAAAGUGAACGGCUUCGCAGCGCUGGACACCACAGACAGCAGUACCUCCCUCAACUGGAUCAGCGUUGCCGGGGUUUCUGGGUACCUGCUCUCCUGGAGGCACAUCUCAGGUCAGAGGUCAAAGCACAGCCAAUCACAUCAGGAUAUGACACCAGCACAGCCAAUCACAUCAGGCUAUGACACCAGCACAGAUGAUAACGUCAGGCUAUGGCCCCAUUCAAAAUCCUUAAUAAUGCAUCCUUCCUCAAUCAAUCUAUUUAUACAGCACAUUACUGACAGAGGAUGCAAUUCAACAUUCUUAAACAAAUACAGUUAUAAAAGGUGAGAAAGAUAAAAACACUGUUUUCAAAAUGAGACAAUUAUUUUAAACAAAUGUGGACGUAAGAAACUAAUGCAUUCAAAUAAAUACAAAUACAUAAAAUAGAUAGUAUAAAAUAAAUAGUAUGACUAAAAGCACCCUAAGUAAAAGCACAGCUAGAAAGGUGUUUCUUAAGAUCUUUCUUAAAAAUGUCUACAGUUUUUAGGCCCUCCCGUCUCCCAAUGUUGAAGUAGUCACUGACUAGAUAUGACUGGGUAGGUGAACCAAAGGGCUCCCCCACAUGGCUUUCAACUGCCAGUCAUUUCUAAUCAGUGAUUAUUUCAAGGAAGAGGGGAAGGAAGGAAGCACAUUCAUACAAUUGGAAUGGGGCCUAUGACAGUGACAUCAGUAUAGGCCUAGUGUUAAUGACUUUGUGCUUUGUGUGAGCAUGGCAGUUGGUGGGUAUAUUUAGACAGUACCUCACUCUCUUAUCCAAGUCAUUUCCUUCAAUAAACUGCCUAAAGUACAAAUGUAAUGUCAGGGAUUGUCUUUCAUGUCCCAGUCACUUUUUGGUAAUCUCGGCACCCAGAACCAAAUGAUUCAGUCUGUCACACGAGAAGCCUACUUGCUGGAGAUUUUAUCAGUGUGAACUAUGCUAGGUUUCAUCUUCUCCAUUUUUAAAAUGUGAAGUGUUUGGAGGCCAUAAUGAAUAGAAAUCAUCAUGUAGGCAUAAUAAUUAUAAUCCGCGGGGGCGAAUUCAAGGUGUAAAUGGUGAUUUUGUCCUGUAAAUUGUCAAUUGUUCCAAACUGUUAAUGUGAUGUGGCAAUCUGAGUUACCCUUGGAAUUAGACUGUGUUAUGUGUUUUUAGACGGAUGACAAUUUUUUGUGGUUGUCACUUUUUACAACUGUUCACCCCUUUGACCAACCUGUGGACAAUUUGUUCCCAAUGACAUACCUGGCUAAAGGUUAAAUUGAUUGUUUUUUAACUACAUAUGAGCACACUUUUUAUUUUCAGGGUUGGACACCAAAAAGGAGAAGCUUGGCCCUGCUGCCACCAUGUUUAAGCUGAGUGAUCUGCUGUAUGGCAGGACCUACGUCUUCACCAUCAGACCUCUGUAUGGAGAGGUGGAGGGACCCAUCAACUCUAUCUACCACAAGAUAGGUAAGGCUUAAUACCUCUUCACAUUAUGGCUCCAAUAGACUGGAACAAUAAACAACGUGCUCACUCAAAAGUUCAAAAACGACAACAACAAAAAAUGUUGACUGCUGCUAUCCUUGUAGAUAUCCUUGCAGAUAUUAAAGCUGUAAGAAAUGCAACGUUUGGAGAGCUGUCCAUUUAAUUUUUAUACACUUCACUGGAAACCGUCUAUCAUACAGGACAUGCUGGUUCAUGUACUUACUAGGUCAUUACUUAAGUUAUUACUCAGUAAUUACUAUGGUGUAGGUGUAGGGCAGCUAGCCUAGCGGUUAGAGCGUUGUGCCAGUAACCGAAAGGUCUCCGGUUCGAAUAACUGAGCCGACAAGAUGGAAAAUCUGCCAAUGGGCCCGUGAGCAAGGCACUUAACCCUAAUUUGCUCCAGGGGUGCCGUACUACUAUGGCUGACCCUGUAGAACAACACAUUUCACUGCACCUAGCCGGUGUAUGUGACAUUACAACUGUAAUAUAUAAUAUAUACAGUAUAUCAUGUAAAAUGUGUCCAAGCACACACUACACUACUGCAUAUUAAUCUAUUUCCUUACAGUGGCCAAAGACCGUCCUCUUGGUGCCUGUCCAGUCUUUACCCUCCACGCCUGCCCCUCUCCCCCUUCACACCCUCUCCGCCUCCCACCCCAACGCAGCCAACACCACCACGGCCCACUCCCCCGUCACCAAAGCCCCCUCCAAGGCCACUACCGCUGCCGCCAAGAAACCCCCAAGCACCACCAUUGUCAAAACAGCUGCAACCACCACCAGCGUCGGCCAUCUCACCACCACUACCAGAAACGUAUUGGUUUUGGAUACAGAGACAACUGUUGGACCAGGGCCAGGUAACAACUGUAUUUAUAGUACCUAUAUACAGACACAGUAUAUAUUAACAGACACUAUUAUCAUCAGACAGAACAUUGCUAAAUGAACAUGGUGAAAUCUACAGUCUUAAGAAGUAGUCUCUAAUGGAGGUAAGUGCUGUUAUUCUGAGGGUCUGUUAGUUUGCUCUGCUUGUAAUGCCUAACAGCUAUUCAUCUACUGUAGAUGAAUAGCUGUUAGGCAUUACAAGCAGAGGAAACUAACAGACCCUCAGAAUAACAGCACUUACCUCCAUUAGAGACUACUUCUUAAGACUGUAGAUUUCACCAUGUUCAUUUAGCAAUGUUCUGUCUGAUGAUAAUAGUGUCUGUUAAUGACCACUAUCACUGUCACCAUGACCGGUGUGUGUGUGUGCGCGUGCUUGCGUUGCUGCGUGUGUGUGUGCCUGCACGUUUAUGUGUGCGCAUGCGUGUGUGUGUGUGUGUGUGUGUGUGUGUGUGUGUGUGUGUGUGUGUUGCAGUGUGCGGUAAGGUGAAGGCAGACAUAGUGUUCCUGGUGGAUGAGUCGUGGAGCAUCGGAUCCAAUAACUUUGCCAAGCUCAAGGACUUCCUGUUCCGGGUUGUCACCUAUUUCCCUGUGAUUGGUCCUCAGGGUACACAGGUCAGAGGUCACACACCUUCACUAUUUCAAAAGCUUUACUGUUCAUUUUAGGAUUAACAGACACAAUGUAUGUUAACACAUCACACACAAUAAAAAACCAUAGCAAUGUAAGAGUGAAGUGUACCUGGUUUACUGUACCUGAAGUGUACCUGGUUGACUGUACCUAAAGUGUACCUGGUUGACUGUACCUGAAGAGUACCUGGUUGACUGUACCUGGUUGACUGUACCUGAAGUGUACCUGGUUGACUGUACCUGAAGUGCACCUGGUUGACUGUACCUGAAGUGUACCUGGUUGACUGUACCUGAAGUGUACCUGGUUGACUGUACCUGUCAUGUGGACUGUAUACUACUGAGCUCCAUCAUAGUGAGUCUGGUUUCUUCCUACCAAGCUGGUCCUGGCCACCCUCACCUUGGCUUGUUCUUUUAGGGGUUAAGGUCCUGGUCACCCUCACCUUGGCUUGCUCUUUUUGGGGUUAAGGUCCUGGCCACCCUCACCUUGGCUUGCUCUUUUUGGGUUUAAGGUCUGGUCACCCUCACCUUGGCUUGCUCUUUUAGGGGUUAAGGUCCUGGUCACCCUCACCUUGGCUUGCUCUUUUUGGGGUUAAGGUCCUGGUCACCCUCACCUUGGCUUGCUCUUUUUGGGGUUAAGGUCCUGGUCACCCUCACCUUGGCUUGCUCUUUUAGGGGUUAAGGUCCUGGCCACCCUCAUCUUGGCUUGCUCUUUUGGAGUUUAAGGUCUGGGUUGUUGUUGCAAACUUUGUGACAAUGUUUUAGAUGCAAUAUGUUAAAAGCUGAAACCUAAAAGCACAGGACAUUUGAAAUCAUCUUCCUUUUUCAGUCCGCCCAAAGUAUGUACCCUAUUGUACCAGCGUAGCCUCUUGCUGUAUUUCAUUCAAACUUUAUUUUCUAUAUAGGCAAUAUGAAGGGGAAUGAUAAAUGUCAUGAUAAGAUAACUUUGUUAUUGAAUGUAGGUAAUUGCCACUGACUGUCCCGUCUCUCCCCUCAGAUAGCAGUGGUGCACUACAGUGAUGAACCAAGGAUAGAGUUCAAACUGAAUGACUACAAGAACAGGUACUCUGUACUAAAGGCUCUGAGAGGAAUACGCUAUGGAGGAGGCAACACCAAAACAGGUACACACACACACACACACGCACACAUACGCACUGACACUCUGUCUGCGUAGAAUGUCUAUAAGCUUUGAAAGUGGAGACCUCACAAACGUCCAAAGGUUAACUUGCCUUGCCUUUUGGAGACAGCUUUGCAUUUUCACAACUAAUUAACUAACUGUUUCGCCCAGGGCCAGAUUACCUAACGGGCACGCAGGGCACGUACCCCUGGAGGUCGGGUGCCCCCCAGAUAGCAUAUGAUAGCAAAAUGUGUAGAAUUGCAGGAAAUUAGCUUUAAAACUGCUAAAUGUUCUCUCAGCCUCAUGGCAAAAUGUGAACAAUAGCAUGAGAUGAGCUAUAAAACAGCAAUUUUUCUCUCUGACCCAUGACAAAAAGUGUAGAAUCUUCUUUAAAACUGCAACAUUUUCUCAUAGCUUCAUGGAGGUUGAUGCCCCGGUGGCCCCAAAUGCGGUAGUCCGGUGCUGGUUUCGCCCCACAGCUAGCCAAGAUGUUUAGCUAGCCAGCUGAAGUUUUUACCCUCUUUUGCUAGCUACCGUAGCCUUGUCUUGUCAAACGCCUGUUUCCAGAAAUGACCAGCUGUCUCCAGUUGUGUUUGCAUUUUGAAAUUGUGACACACCCUCCAUGCCUAUUCACUUUCAAUACAUAUUGACUCUCUAUAUUGUGCCUGCGUAAGUGCCUGCGAGCAAGUCUGUGUGUGUGUCUGUGUGUGUGUCAGUGGCGGCCGGUGCCGUUUAAGAUGAGGGAGGAUGAUAAAAUGUUUUAUGAACAUGGCCUUAUUUCUAUUACAGCAUAUUGGAUGACUGUCAUUCAUAUUCCAUUCACCCAGCUCAAUGUAACAUCGAUAGGUUUAGGCUACUACAUGAUACUCGAAUUUUCCCUGUACCCAUCAUGAGGUUGCUACAACCUAGCCUAUGAAUGAAAGUUUACAAUGUAGGUACACAGGUCGAGAGACAGAUUUGAGGUGACAGACAGUGACACAUGGACAGACAGUGACACAUUCAAUAACGCGUUGCACACUCUUGCCUGCAUCUAGCUGAUAUAGGGUGUAAUCAUUAGACCAACAGUUGCAAAAUAGAGUUUCUAUUGGACAAAUUCAGUUAUGUUUAUCCCCUUUUUGUUCCGUUCGCUUCCGUUUAAGAAAUGUUUUUUAACAGAAUCGGCACAAUGAAUACACCCCUGAUCACACGCAAACACAGUUCACUUUCACAGCAGCCACAUACAAACAGCUCGUUGUGUAUAUAUAAUUCCUUCUCGCAUCUAUCUACGCACUCUCUUCCUCUCACCUUCUCCCUUCGCUUGUGGACUGUCUGUGACCAGGUGAAAAAACAUUUCCAAGCCAAACCUUCAUAUCAUGACCACUGACUGCUACACACAGCCUACAUCAUUGUCACGUCAUAGUCAACAUAGCUACUAGAACUAACGCGUUAGUUGCAGUACAGUGUACAGUCAGCAGCAAGCAGUUUAGGAGUUACACUGGCGGGCCCCGGUGGCAAUAAAUUAAUAAAACCAAAAGCUUAACUUGACUAGGAAGAGUUCCAGUGUUGGAUAGCCGUAGUCAGCUACCUCCCCAUCCCUUCCUCUCUGUUUGAGCUGGGUGUUUGAGUAGGCUUAACUAGCUAGCUGCAUUCGAUGCUAACUAAAUGAAAGUGAAACAAAUAUUUACUACGAAAUAUAGCUAGCGCUCUCUCUCUCUCUCUCUCUCUCUCUCUCUCUCUCUCACUUCUCCUUAAUUUUGGAAGAAAUUAAUUUGUAAAAAAUUGUUCAGCUAUUGUCUGUCUCUCUCUUUGAGUCAACUACUCACCACAUUUUAUGCACUGCAGUGCUAGCUAGCUGUAGCUUAUGCUUUCAGUACUAGAUUAAUUAUCUGAUCCUUUGAUUGGGUGGACAACAUGUCAGUUUAUGCUGCAAGAGCUCUGAUAGGUUGGAGGACAUCCUCCGGAAGUUGUCAUAAUUACUGUGUAAGUCUAUGGAAGGGGGUGAGAACCAUGAACCUCCUAGGUUUUGUAUUGAAAUCAAUGUACCCAAAGGAGGACAGAAGCUAACUGUCGUCCGGCUACACCAUGGUGUUACCCUACAGAGUGCUGCUGAGGCUACUGUAGACCUUCAUUGCAAAACAGUAUGUUUUAAUAAAUUAUUUGAUGACGUGAAUAUAUUUAGUAUAAUUUUAUCAAAAAAUGAUAACUUUUUUAAUGUUUCACUAUUUAAAUUUUUCUGAAAUUCACUGAGGAUGGUCCUCUCCUUCCUCCUCUGAGGAGCCUCCACUGGUGUGUGUACAUACUGAUAGCGAUAUUGCCAGUGAAUCUAUUGUUGUUCCAUAGGGAAGGGGAUGAGCUACGUUCUGAAGGAGCUGUUCCAGGAGUCUCUGGGGAUGAGGCAGGAGGUGUCCCAUGUCUUGGUGUUGCUGACAGACGGCCGGGCCGUGGACGAUGUGGAGCAACCCUCCAGGAUAGCACAGGCUUAUGGUCAGUUCAGAUGUCAAAGGUCAUACUCUACAUACUGGGGUUGAGAGGUCAAAGGCCAUAAUGUACCUACUGGGGGUCAAAGGUUGUGGCUAGAUGGUAAACAGCUACGGACUGAAGUGACUUUUCAUAGCAGGCUAGGAGUGCAUUUUAGCUAACCCUAACCCUUUUCCUAACCUUAACCCAAUUCUCCUAACCUGCUACGCCUAAGUUCUCCUAACCUGCUACGAAAAGUAACUUCCGUUCAUAGCUGUAUACCAUCUAGUCAAAACCGUGGUCAAUGUGUUGGGAAGUCUAAGGAUUGUAGCCAUUCUAUUCUUGUUGAUUAGGAGCCAUUGCUACUGACACGCAAGCUCCUGAAAACAUAUUUUUAACACAGAUUAAUCUACACAGGCAUAUCUCACCUGUCUUUGAUACAUGUAGUGAUAUCCAGUACCUGUUCCUUGUCAAAAGCCUUUGACUUCUCAUAUUGUUGUAUAACAUUAUAUCAUGUUGCAUUAUUUAUGUCAUGUCAUGUAUUGUCACGUUCUUCCGUGAUAUUCACUCCCCUCUCUCUUAGGCGUGAGUGUGCUGGCCAUCGGGGUGGCCAACGCAGACAUGGACGAGCUGAAGAAGAUAGCGUAUCCAGCCAGCUACCAGAACAUCUUCUACGCCAGGGACUUUGACGACUUCUCCUCCAUAGAGAGAAAGUUCAUCAGCAACAUCUGCAGCGAGGCGCUGCACUCAGAGUUCAGACAACACGACGAGGUACAGAAUACACAUCUGAAUGAAACUAAUAUAUCAUUUGAAAUGAAAGGUACUACAUCAGGACUUUUUGGAACAACAUGCUUGUUUUAAAGCAUUUUAGCUUGCUAAUAAUGUCUGCUCAAUAUGUCUCCUUAGCUGGGAUCAUAGCUAGAUAAGUAUGAAGUGUGGAAUGUUGGCAAGCAGUGUCACGUUCGUUCAUAGACGGGUCAGACCAAGGCGCAGCGUGAUAUGCAUACAUGUUUAUUUAAACUUAAUAAACAACGACAAAACAAUAAACCAACGAAACGUGACGUCCAAAGGUAACACACAACAAACCUCACACGGAACAAGAUCCCACAACCCACUAGUGCCAAUAGGCUGCCUAAGUAUGGUCCCCAAUCAGAGACAACGAGCGACAGCUGCCUCUGAUUGGGAACCACACCGGCCAACAUAGAUCGAGACCUACUAGAUCCUAUAACAUAGAACAAGCACAACAAGGAAUAUACACACCCUGACUCAACAUUUAAGCGUCCCCUGAGUCAGAGCGUGACAGUACCCCCCCCCAAAGGUGCGGACUCCGACCGCACAACAUAAACAUAACAGGGUAGGGGCCGGGUGGGCAUUCCGCCUCGGAGGCGGAUCCGGCUCAGGGCGUGACGACCUCUCACUCUUCGCCUCCCUGUUGCGCCCCUGGUCUGGUCUAGAGCUCGGCGCGUUGCUUCCCCUCUCCUUCCUCCCACGAUACGCCAGGCCCAGUCUGGACCCUGGUGUGGGAGACCCCGAACCUGGAGAGGGGCAGACGUCAUGGUCUGGACUGGCGCAGCUGACCGGAGCUGGAUCAGGCACCGGUGGAGCGGACUGCUCUGGCUCCGAAGUGGAGCCGUUGACCGGAGCUGGACUAGACCACGGUGGAGCGGACUGCUCUGGCUCCGGAGUGGAGCCGCUGACCGGAGCUGGAUCAGGCACCGGUGGAGUGGACUGCUCUGGCUCCGAAGUGGAGCCGUUGACCGGAGCUGGACUAGACCCCGGUGGAGCGGACUGCUCUGGCUCCGGAGUGGCGCAGCUGACCGGAGAUGGAUCAGGCACCGGUGGAGCGGACUGCUCUGGCUCCGGAGUGGAGCAGCUGACCGGAGCUGGAUCAGGCACCGGCGGAGCGGACUGCUCUGGCUCCGGAGUGGAACAGCUGACCGGAACAGGAUCAGGCACCAGUGGAGCGGACUGCUCUGGCUCCGGAGUGGCGCAGCUGACCGGAACUGGAUCAGGCACCGGUGGAGCGGACUGCUCUGGCUCCGGAGUGGAGCAGCUGACUGGAGCUGGAUCAGGCACCGGCGGAGCGGACUGCUCUGGCUCCGGAGUGGAACAGCUGACCGGAACUGGAUCAGGCACCGGUUGAGCGGACCGCUCUGGCUCCGGAGUGGAGCAGCUGACCGGUGCCGGAUCAAGCACCGGUGGAACGGGCACGGGCCGUGCCGGACUGGACAAACACACCACUGGCUUGAUGUGAGGAGCGGGAACAGGCCGGACCGGGCUGGCGACGCGCACCACUGGCUUGGUGCGAGGAGCGGGAACAGGCCGGGCCGGGCUGGCGACGCGCACCACUGGCUUGGUGCGAGGAGCGUGAACAGGCCGGGCCGGACUGGCGACGCGCACCACUGGCUUAGUGCGAGGAGCAGGAACCAGCCGGGCCGGCGACGCGCACUACUGGCUUAGUGCGAGGAGCAGGGAAAGCCCGAGGCCGGACAAAAGCACCACUGCUCUGGUGCGAGGAGCAGGCACGGGCCGGACCAGACUGGCGACGCGCACCACUGGUUUGGUGCCAGGAGCAGGAACAGGCCGGGCCGGGCUGGCGACGCGCACCACUGGCUUGGUGCGAGGAGCAGGAACAGGCCGAGGCCAGACUGGACAAAAGCACCACUGCUCUGGUGCGAGGAGCAGACACGGGCCGGACCAGACUGGCGACGCGCACCACUGGUUUGGUGCCAGGAGCAGGAACAGGCCGGGCCGGGCUGGCGACGCGCACCACUGGCUUGAUGCGAGGAGCAGGAACAGGCCGGACCGGGCUGGCGACGCGCACCACUGGCUUGGUGCGAGGAGCGGGAACAGGCCGGGCCGGGCUGGCGACGCGCACCACUGGCUUGGUGCGAGGAGCGGGAACAGGCCGGGCCGGACUGGCGACGCGCACCACUGGCUUGAUGCGAGGAGCAGGAACAGGCCGGACCGGGCUGGCGACGCGCACCACUGGCUUGGUGCGAGGAGCGGGAACAGGCCGGGCCGGGCUGGCGACGCGCACCACUGGCUUGAUGCGAGGAGCAGGAACAGGCCGGACCGGGCUGGUGACGCGCACCACUGGCUUGGUGCGAGGAGCGGGAACAGGCCGGGCCGGACUGGCGACGCGCACCACUGGCUAGGUGCGAGGAGCAGGAACAGGCCGGGCUGGCGACGCGCACCACUGGCUUGGUGCGAGGAGCAGGAACAGACCGGGCCGGGCCGGCGACGCGCACCACUGACUUAGUGCGAGGAGCGGGAACAGGCCGGGCCGGACUGGCGACGUGCACCACUGGCUUGGUGCGAGGAGAGGGAACAGGCCGGGCCGGGUUGGCGACGCGCACCACUGGCUUGGUGCGAGGAGCGGGAACAGGGUGGGCCGGACUGGCGACGCGCACUACUGGCUUAGUGCGAGGAGCAGGAACCAGCCGGGCCGGCGACGCGCACUACUGGCUUAGUGCGAGGAGCAGGAACAGGCCGGGCCGGGCUGGCGACGCGCACCACUGGCUUGGUGCGAGGAGCAGGAACAGGCCGAGGCCGGACUGGACAAAAGCACCACUGCUCUGGUGCGAGGAGCAGGCACGGGCCGGACCAGACUGGCGACGCGCACCACUGGUUUGGUGCCAGGAGCAGGAACAGGCCGGGCCGGGCUGGAGACGCGCACCACUGGCUUGAUGCGAGGAGCAGGAACAGGCUGGACCGGGCUGGCGACGCGCACCACUGGCUUGGUGCGAGGAGCGGGAACAGGCCGGGCCGGGCUGGCGACGCGCACCACUGGCUUGGUGCGAGGAGCGGGAACAGGCCGGGCCGGACUGGCGACGCGCACCACUGGCUUGGUGCGAGGAGCAGGAACAGGCCGGGCCGGACUGGCGACGCGCACCACUGGCUUGGUGCGAGGAGCAGGAACAGGCCGGGCUGGCGACGCGCACCACUGGCUUGGUGCGAGGAGCAGGAACAGGCCGGGCCGGGCUGGCGACGCGCACCACUGGCUUGGUGCGAGGAGCGGGAACAGGCCGGGCCGGACUGGCGACGUGCACCACUGGCUUGGUGCGAGGAGAGGGAACAGGCCGGGCCGGGUUGGCGACGCGCACCACUGGCUUGGUGCGAGGAGCGGGAACAGGGCGGGCCGGACUGGCGACGCGCACCACUGGCUUAGUGCGAGGAGCAGGAACCAGCCCGGCCGGCGACGCGCACUACUGGCUUAGUGCGAGGAGCAGGAACAGGCCGGGCCGGGCUGGUGACGCGCACCACUGGCUUGGUGCGAGGAGCGGGAACAGGCCGGGCCGGACUGGCGACGCGCACCACUGGCUAGGUGCGAGGAGCAGGAACAGGCCGGGCUGGCGACGCGCACCACUGGCUUGGUGCGAGGAGCAGGAACAGACCGGGCCGGGCCGGCGACGCGCACCACUGACUUAGUGCGAGGAGCGGGAACAGGCCGGGCCGGACUGGCGACGUGCACCACUGGCUUGGUGCGAGGAGAGGGAACAGGCCGGGCCGGGUUGGCGACGCGCACCACUGGCUUGGUGCGAGGAGCGGGAACAGGGUGGGCCGGACUGGCGACGCGCACUACUGGCUUAGUGCGAGGAGCAGGAACCAGCCGGGCCGGCGACGCGCACUACUGGCUUAGUGCGAGGAGCAGGAACAGGCCGGGCCGGGCUGGCGACGCGCACCACUGGCUUGGUGCGAGGAGCAGGAACAGGCCGAGGCCGGACUGGACAAAAGCACCACUGCUCUGGUGCGAGGAGCAGGCACGGGCCGGACCAGACUGGCGACGCGCACCACUGGUUUGGUGCCAGGAGCAGGAACAGGCCGGGCCGGGCUGGAGACGCGCACCACUGGCUUGAUGCGAGGAGCAGGAACAGGCUGGACCGGGCUGGCGACGCGCACCACUGGCUUGGUGCGAGGAGCGGGAACAGGCCGGGCCGGGCUGGCGACGCGCACCACUGGCUUGGUGCGAGGAGCGGGAACAGGCCGGGCCGGACUGGCGACGCGCACCACUGGCUUGGUGCGAGGAGCAGGAACAGGCCGGGCCGGACUGGCGACGCGCACCACUGGCUUGGUGCGAGGAGCAGGAACAGGCCGGGCUGGCGACGCGCACCACUGGCUUGGUGCGAGGAGCAGGAACAGGCCGGGCCGGGCUGGCGACGCGCACCACUGGCUUGGUGCGAGGAGCGGGAACAGGCCGGGCCGGACUGGCGACGUGCACCACUGGCUUGGUGCGAGGAGAGGGAACAGGCCGGGCCGGGUUGGCGACGCGCACCACUGGCUUGGUGCGAGGAGCGGGAACAGGGCGGGCCGGACUGGCGACGCGCACCACUGGCUUAGUGCGAGGAGCAGGAACCAGCCCGGCCGGCGACGCGCACUACUGGCUUAGUGCGAGGAGCAGGAACAGGCCGGGCCGGGCUGGCGACGCGCACCACUGGCUUGGUGCGAGGAGCAGGAACAGGCCGAGGCCGGACUGGACAAAAGCACCACUGCUCUGGUGCGAGGAGCAGGCACGGGCCGUACCAGACUGGCGACGCGCACCACUGGUUUGGUGCCAGGAGCAGGAACAGGCCGGGCCGGGCUGGUGACGCGCAUCACUGGCUUGAUGCGAGGAGCAGGAACAGGCCGGACCGGGCUGGCGACGCGCACCACUGGCUUGGUGCGAGGAGCGGGAACAGGCCGGGCCGGGCUGGCGACGCGCACCACUGGCUUGGUGCGAGGAGCGGGAACAGGCCGGGCCGGACUGGCGACGCGCACCACUGGCUAGGUGCGAGGAGCAGGAACAGGCCGAGCCGGACUGGCGACGCGCACCACUGGCUUGGUGCGAGGAGCAGGAACAGGCCGGGCUGGCGACGCGCACCACUGGCUUGGUGCGAGGAGCGGGAACAGGCCGGGCCGGACUGGCGACGUGCACCACUGGCUUGGUGCGAGGAGAGGGAACAGGCCGGGCCGGGUUGGCGACGCGCACCACUGGCUUGGUGCGAGGAGCGGGAACAGGGCGGGCCGGACUGGUGACGCGCACCACUGGCUUAGUGCGAGGAGCAGGAACCAGCCGGGCCGGCGACGCGCACUACUGGCUUAGUGCGAGGAGCAGGAACAGGCCGGGCCGGGCUGGCGACGCGCACCACUGGCUUGGUGCGAGGAGCAGGAACAGGCCGAGGCCGGACUGGACAAAAGCACCACUGCUCUGGUGCGAGGAGCAGGCACGGGCCGUACCAGACUGGCGACGCGCACCACUGGUUUGGUGCCAGGAGCAGGAACAGGCCGGGCCGGGCUGGUGACGCGCACCACUGGCUUGAUGCGAGGAGCAGGAACAGGCCGGACCGGGCUGGCGACGCGCACCACUGGCUUGGUGCGAGGAGCGGGAACAGGCCGGGCCGGGCUGGCGACGCGCACCACUGGCUUGGUGCGAGGAGCGGGAACAGGCCGGGCCGGACUGGCGACGCGCACCACUGGCUUGGUGCGAGGAGCAGGAACAGUCCGGGCCGGACUGGUGACCCGCACCACUGGCUUGGUGCGAGGAGCAGGAACAGGCCGGGCUGGCGACGCGCACCACUGGCUUGGUGCGAGGAGCAGGAACAGGCCGGGCCGGGCUGGCGACGCGCAUCACUGGCUUGGUGCAAGGAGCAGGAACAUGCCGGACCGGGUUGGCGACGCGCACCACUGGCUUGGUGCGAGGAGCAGGAACAGGCCGGGCCGGGCUGGCGACGCGCAUCACUGGCUUGGUGCAAGGAGCAGGAACAUGCCGGACCGGGUUGGCGACGCGCACCACUGGCUUGGUGCGAGGAGCAGGAACGGGUCGGGCCGUACUGGGAACACGCACCACUGGCUUAGUGCGGGGAGCAGGAACGGGCCGUACCGGACUGGCGACACGCACCACUUGCUUGGUGCAAGGUGCGGGACUGGGUUCCUUUAUUAACUCCCGCUCCUUCUGCUGCCUAACCAGCUCCUCUCGCUGUGCCUCUACACUUUCCUUCUCCCUUUUAGCCUCCUGUAGCGCCUCCCUCUGACCGAAUAACUCCUGCUCCCUCUGAACCAAUAGCCCCCUUAACAUGGUGGCCUCCUCUCCUAACCUGCAGAUUCGCCCUUCCACGGCUUCCUGCUGCCUCGUCAUCCACACCGUGUGCCCCCCCAAAAAAAAUACUCUCUGGUCUCCGUCGUCGGCACUCCUCUUCCCGUGAGGACUCCUCCGGGAGCCCCCACGAGUUAAGGAACAGAAACUCGUCGUCGUCGUCAUCCUCUGACUCCUCAGUAUAAUACUGUUCCCUUUCCUCUUCCCAUGGUCGUGGGGACCCAAUCUGGAAACCAACCGGGUGCAGUGGUCGGGGCUCUUCUCUCUCGCUCCCCGACCACCCCUUUAGCCCCCCCCCCCAACAUUUUCUUGGGGCUGCUUCUCGGGCUUCCUCCUCGGCCGGCUUCCGUGUUGCCGUUGCUCCUCUCCUGCCUGGGCAUCCUUCUUCGCCCAGGGUCCUUUUACCGAAAAUAUCUCCUCCCAUGACCAAAUCUUCCCCACCUGUGUCCAGGGUGUUCGGUCCUCCUGGGCACGCUGCUUGGUCCGUGUUUGGUGGGAUCUUCUGUCACGUUCGUUCAUAGACGGGUCAGACCAAGGCGCAGCAUGAUAUGCAUACAUGUUUAUUUAAACUUAAUAAACAACGACAAAACAAUAAACCAACGAAACGUGACGUCCAAAGGUAACACACAACAAACCUCACACGGAACAAGAUCCCACAACCCACUAGUGCCAAUAGGCUGCCUAAGUAUGGUCCCCAAUCAGAGACAACGAGCGACAGCUGCCUCUAAUUGGGAACCACACCGGCCAACAUAGAUCUAGACCUACUACAUCCUAUAACAUAGAACAAGCACAACAAGGAAUAUACACACCCUGACUCAACAUAUAAGCGUCCCCUGAGUCAGGGCGUGACAAGCAGCCAAUUACCAAAACUCAAUUGUGACAGAGAUGUGAAAUUCACCUGUGUAUCGGAGUGGGCUACUCUCGCCAUCCAGCUGGAAUUAGAAUGUUCACGAGGUAGAAAUGAUGAUGUAAUUGAUAAUGACCUACAGCCUCUGAUUCAAGGUCAUAUAAUAAGGUCAACAUCGAUGUGUUUGACCUCUUUUAUUAGUCUGCCCAGCUGGACUCUCCAACUGAUGACCCUGAUGAGCUGACCAAACCCCAGGGCCCCUGCCCCUUACAGUGCAAGGUAUGUCCUUCUCAUAAUCAUCAUCAUUAUCAUCAUCAUCAACAUUGCCUUUUUCAUGAUUUGUGUCAGCAUCACGUAUCCGAGUUUGUCCCAUAGAAAUAUAAUAUAUUCUACAUCUAUGGUUUGUUCCCUCCCAGCAGCCAGAACUGGUUGAAAUGACCUCAUUCCAACCAGUUCUGCUAAUGACGUCAUUCCAACCAGUUCUGCUAAUGACGUCAUUCCAACCAGUUCUGCUAAUGACGUCAUUACAACCAGUUUUGCUGAUGAAGUCAUUCCAACCAGUUCUGGUAAUGACAUCAUUCCAACCAGUUCUGGUAAUGACAUCAUCCCAACCAGUUCUACUAAUGAUGUCAUUCCAACCAGUUCUGGUAAUGACAUCAUUCCAACCAGUUCUGGUAAUGACAUCAUUCCAACCAGUUCUGCUAAUGACUUUUUUUUCUAUUUGAUUAAUAGAUUAAUCUCUUUCUCAUUUCUGAUUCACUUUCAAAGGGGCAGAAAGGUGAAAAGGUGACUACAGUUAUAUUUAGUUACUUCUGACUUGAUGAUUAAAUGAAAUAUUUGGACUUGAACCACCUUUAUGUUUACCUUGUUCUCUUGUUCUUCUCUGUCACUCACAGGGAGAUGGCUCUGGUAAUGGUGGACUGGUAUGUUCUACACCACUAUUAAAUUCAUUAAUUAAGUCAUUCAUUCAUCCAUCCAUGCAUCCGUUUACCCAGCCAUCCAUUCAUUCAUCUACCAUAAUUCCAUGACAUUUGUUUGAUUACAGAGACUCCAGCAAAACACUGCGAUGUUUGAGUCAUUUGGCCUCAAGUCCAAAGGAGAGAAAGGAGAGAGAGUAAGUGGUAACUCUGUCAUCAUACAUUGUCUAUGUAGGCUAUCAUCUAUACACACUGAUACAGCAGAGUGCUGUGCCCUUGAGCAAGGCACGUAACCCCAACUGCUUCAAGGGUACUAUCCCUGUGUGUGGCUGACCCGAUGCUGCUCCCAGUCGUUUUUUAUUUCUGUAUAAAGACAACCCCAUAGCUGAUGCUCUGAAACAUGAAAGGCACCGUACCAUCAAAGUGUCAGUGUGUCAGAAUUGAUGAUGACAGUUGACAGAAUCGCUGCUAUAUAUAUUCCAUACUGUGAGAAUAGCACUGUUUCUUCUUCUGUAGCAUCUGACUGUUAGGCAAUCAACAGUCUGUCUUCCAGGUUUCACAAAAUAUGUGUUUGGUCCUAUAAUUGUGUUUUAAUAAGGCAUUUUUGCCCUUCCGCGUCACUUUAUACACAGAAGAUCUCCGCUAAACACAUAAUCAAACUGUUUAUAUUACUCUCUGUGAUUACUGAUGAAAUUGACUAGAAAUACAAAGUUGCCAAUGUCUUUUAAUUGAACAACCCACUGGGCACACACUGGUUGAAUCAACGUUGUUUCCACAUCAUUUCAUUGAAAUUAUGUUAAACCAACGUGGAAUAGAUGUUGAAUUGACGUCUUUGCCCAGUGGGAAGUGAAAUAAUAUUUAAAUAAAUGCCAUGUUCAGUUAAUUGAGUUAUAUUUGUAAGCUACACUAUCUGUAAUUUUUGCUUCAAUAUAUUUCAUGAUGUGUAAGAACAUGUGUCCAAUGAUGUGCCAAAUGAAUCUGUGAUUGAGUGAAUUAUUAUAGGGUAAGCAUUAGAAUAAGCUGCCUCAAUAUUUGCAGCCAUUAGGUGAUAAUAUCGCUCUAGGAGCUGAUCCGUUGUCAGUAUUGUGGAAUAAUUCAGAUGUUAAGGUACGAUUUUAAUGGAGAAAGCUGAUCCGAGAGCAGCGAUGCCUUUCUUUCGAUCCUAUCAGUAUCGACACGUGCUCCAACGACGCACUUAGCAAACUUUUUUUCUGCGUGGUGUUUUGGGAAACGCAUAUUACACCUUCGGCCGUUGUAGGAAAGAUGCAUCACUUAAACAUUGUAAGCCUAAAUUCCAUUGCUUUCGGGAAACUGGGCCCAGGACAGCACACCUUCCACCUCCACUCACCUUAGCGCCAGGUGUUGCAAAACAACAGCAAUACAAUGAUCCUAUUUUUCUCAGUGUGUCUUCAGUGUUCAUUGAUACUGGACUUCACAUAGAAACAGAGAUCAAACGUUGUAUUUGGGUCAGUACUCCUUUUCAAUCUUUCUCCUUGGUUAUGUAAUGUGGUUUUGUGUGAUUGUUUUUCUCAGUAACAUACGACAUAAAGGUUUGUAGUAGAACAAUGAAAGCAGUAUCAAAACGGAUAAAGAAGCCAAAAACAAAGAAAAAAAGGGAAAACAAAUCUGUCUAGUGUAUUUUUUGGCACGGACUAUAUAUAUUAUUUUUUUCACAGGGACUUCCUGGAACAGAUGGUAUCCCCGGGUUGCCAGGACGACCAGGACGAACCGGACCCCCAGGUUCAGCCGGACAACGGGUAAAUAUAACAAAGAAAGAAACAGUCUUAUUGUACACUGAGUGUACAAAACAUUAGGAACACCUUCCUAAUAUUGAGUUGCACCCCCUUUUGCCAUCAGAACAGCCUCAAUUCGUCGGGGCAUGGACUCUAUGGGGUGUCGAAAGUGUUCCACAGGGAUGCUUCCCACAGUUGUGUCAAGUUGGCUGGAUGUCCUUUGGGUGGUGGACCAUUCUUGAUACACACGGGAAACUGUUAAGCAUGAAAAACCCAGCAGCGUUGCAGUUCUUGACACAAACCGGUGCUCCUGCCACCUACUACCAUACCCUGUUCAAAGGCACUUAAAUAUUUUGUCUUGCCCAUUCACCCUCUGAAUUGUACACAUACACAAUCCAUGUCUCAAUUGUCUCAAGGUUUAAAAAUCCUUCUUUAACCUGUCUCCUCCCCUUCAUCUACACUGAUUGAAGUGGAUUUAACAAGUAACAUCAAUAAGGGAUCAUAGCUUUCACCCGGUCAGUCUAUGUCAUGGAAAGAGCAGGUGUUCAUAAUGUUUUGUACAUUCAGUGUAUAGGCUGAUGUAAAAAUUGUCCUGUUUUAACGAUGUAUUGGACUGUUAAGCACCGUUACUGUGUGUGUCUGUGAUUUACAUUGUUGAAGGUGCUUCUGUGUGCCUGACACCACAAAUUAAAGUUAUUCUAAGAAUUAAGCUUUCCAGUGGGCGAAACUGGUUGAAAGGAAAGUUUUGCUCAUUGGGCAAGCUUAUUAACUACAUUUGAACUUAUGCCACUUAUGUAAAUGAGAUGUUCCUAAUGCCAGUGUUCUCUCUGUUUCAGGGUUUAGAAGGUGUUCCAGGUGAUAUGGUAUGUCCAAAGUGCUUAUGGAGGCAAUGUUUAUUACUGUCUAGUAGUGUACCCAUAAGCUCAAACUAAAUCAAGUUUGUGUCCCAAAUGGCACCCUGUUCCCAAGUUAGUGCACUACUUUUGACCAGGACUUAUAGGGUUCUGGUCAACAAUAGUGCACUACAGUAUAUAGGGAAUAAGAUGCCAUUUAGGAUGCAGACCCUAGGUCUUGUACUUCAGAAUGACUCAUAAGACCAUUAAUGCCUGUAUCUCUGUUUUCAAGUUGUUCUCUACAACUUUUCCACGUUUAAUCCUUCAUAAAAAAGAAUGUCAUUACUAAUUAUAGAUGCCAUGCAUUUUGAGUAACAGUUUGUCAUAAUACUAUGAUUAUGUUGACACCUGUAGCCACAUGAAAUUAUGUUUCUCAGUUUUAUUUCCUUCUUGCUAGUUUACAGCUAUACCUUAAACAUGACUGUACACAAACAUGACAUGACUGUAAGUCGCUUUGGAUAAAAGCGUCUGCUAAAUGGCAUAUUAUUAUUAUUAUUAUAUUAUUAAACUGUUGGAUCUGUCGUCUCCAAUUUUUGGAGAUGUUUCCCUCAAGGCUCCAAGUUUGUGGGGGUUGAAGUGAUUCCAUAACUUGUUGUGGAACUAUUGCUUAUUUCUGACACCAUGCAAUAUUAAGCUAGCUAGCUUUGGUGAACAAUGAACAAGUGUGUAUUCAUUCAGCCAUCUUUAUUCAAAACUGAAUUUCCUGUGGCUUCAGGUGGCAGCCUAAUCAUGUCAUUACAGUCAUCCUUUUAUGAUUUCCUGUCAGGUGAUCUAGUGUGUCAUUGUGAAUGGUGUCAUGUUAGGAUUUUAAUGUUAUUUUCUGUAAUCACAGGGGCCUCCUGGUAUCACUGGUCCAAAAGGCCAGAGAGGAGAGAGGGUAAGUCCAAUGGUAGUGGGUUCGGGUAAGUCCAAUGGUAGUGGGUUCGAUCCCCGGGACGACCCAUAUGUAAAAAUGCACACAUGACUGUAAGUCGCUUUGGAUAAAAGCGUCUGCUAAAUGGCAUAUUAUAUUAUAUUAUAAUAAAUGUUAGGAUUAUCUGUGCGAUAUAAAAUGUAAUGCUAACCAAUAGGGUCAAGUGAUUAAAGUGGGAGUCUUGCGUUAAGUUUGAACUCUAUAGACCCUUUCUACCUUUAUGCCCAACCCUUUGUCGCUCUCUUAGAGUUAUAGGUAAUCAUACUACGGGUUCACCACCAGGUGCUAUUAUGUGACCUUUGACCUCUCUCUGCCAGGGGGAGCCUGGGUAUGUCAUAGGGGGCAUAGGAGACGGCCAUUAUGUUCCUGGACGAAAGGGAGAGCCUGGAUCAUCAGUGAGUAUUCACAACACAGACCCUAAGACUACAACAUUGUUUUAGUAAGGCCUUAUAAAGGGCUAUAAAUGCUUCAUAAAGGGUUUGGAAAUUGUAUUGCCUGAAAUAACUUGUUUUGUCCAUUCAACAUCAUAAAUAAUUGAUACUACAAGCUUCCUCUGAGUAAGAAAUACAAAUUUUAACCAUAAAUGUGUAGUGGUUGUUGUUAAUGUCCUAUCCUGCUCUGAUAAAAGGGACCCCAAGGGGCUCCGGGUGUACCAGGGGUCUCUGGACCCUCAGGCCUACCUGGACAGUCAGGUUCACCUGGGUCCCCAGGGAUAUCCGUUAAGGUAAGAUAGAUGGAUACUGCGGGUAGAUCUUACAUACGGUUAUUAUUAUAUCACAUACCGAACUGAUUCCUUCAACAAGACUGUGACCGCAUUUUGAGUUUACUGUAUGUUAUGUGUGUUGUGUCAUUCAAAAAUAUAUGCUACAAGUAUCAUGUUGUCGGCACACAAUGGAAAUAAUAUUGGGGAUAAAACUCAUCCCUGAGGGACUCCGUUGUAACCAGUUCAUAUGAUAAAAUGUCUUUCACAUUGACCUUCUGUGGCCGGUCACUUAACAAUCUUAAAUUAUAUGGGUUUCACAACAUUGAUUGAUUGUACAUAUUUAUGUUCUAUCCUUCACUUGCAGGGGGAACAUGGAGAGGCAGGUGCUAAAGUGAGUGGGUGGUUCUUUUCUUUUAUUCAAGACCAUAGUUACUGCUUUGGGUCAAGGGAAGAUAGUGCUUGCUAAGUCAAUGGAAUUCAUCUAAAUUGGAAUGAAAAACUGGCACAGUGUUGAUUUUAAUAAAACAACGCUGCCAGGAUUAUGAAUUCGUUUUAUCGAUCGCAUUUUAAAGACACAUUUUGGCCUUUGCUGACGAUUCUAGAAAUGGGUGUUCAUUUUUCAAAACUAAUAUUGGGUCAUUGUCACGAUGUCGGUGUAUGCGGUAGACUGAAGUCAGGCGCAGGACACAGAACUCAAGGGAAAAACGUAACUUUACUAAAGCUCGUAAAGAAACAAGAAGCCUCCACGCAGGGAGGAAUAAAUCCGCUCACCAAUGACAUACAAGUACAAGCAACAAACACGCACAGAACACAAUGGGAGCCACAGGGUUAAAUAGGGGCGGAGUAAUCACAAGAUGGGCAACAGGUGUGAAACAAUCUGACACAACAGGUAGAACAUAGAAACAUAGAACAUAGAUCGGCAGCAGCUAGUACUCCGGUGACGACGAACGCCGAAACCUGCCCGAGCAAGGAGGAGGGGCAGCCUCGGCAGAAUCCGUGACAGUACCCCACCCCUGACGCGCGGCUCCAGCCGUGCGUCGACACCGGCCUCAGGGAUGGCCAGGAGGACGCGGCGCGGGGCGAGUGGGAUGAUUGCGGUGGUAAUCCCUCAACAUGGAUGGAUCGAGGAUAUCCCUCCUAGGAACCCAGCACCGUUCCUCCGGACCGUACCCCUCCCACUCCACGAGAUACUGCAGGCCCCCCACCCGACGCCUCGAAUCCAAUAUGGACCGAACCGAGUACGCCGGUGCCCCCUCGAUGUCCAGCGGGGGCGGAGGAACCUCCCGUAUCUCCGACUCCUGGAGUGGACCAGCUACCACCGGCCUGAGGAGAGACACAUGGAACGAGGGGUUAAUACGAUAAUUAGUAGGAAGUUGUAACCUAUAACAUACCUCGUUCAAUCUCCUCAGGACUUUGAAUGGCCCCACAAACCGCCGACCCAGUUUCCGGCAGGGCAGGCGAAGGGGCAGGUUUCGGGUCGAGAGCCAGACCCGGUCCCCCGGUGCAUACACCGGGGCCUCACUGCGGUGGCGGUCGGCGCUCGCCUUUUGCCGCCUGAUGGCCCGCUGCAGACGUACAUGGGCACCGUUCCAGGUCUCCUGCGAGCGCCGAAACCACUCGUCCACCGCAGGUGCCUUGAUCUGGCUCUGAUGCCAAGGUGCCAGGACCGGCUGAUAACCUAAUACACAUUGGAACGGAGAAAGGUUAGUGGAGGAGUGGCGGAUGGAGUUCUGGGCUAUCUCUGCCCAGGGGAGGUAAACCGACCACUCCCCCCGCUGGUCCUGGCAAUAUGACCUCAGAAACCUACCCACCUCCUGGUUAACUCUCUCCACCUGCCCGUUACUCUCGGGGUGAAAUCCUGAGGUCAGACUGACCGAGACUCCCAGACGUUCCAUGAACGCCCUCCAAACCCUAGAGGUGAACUGGGAACCCCGAUCAGAAACUAUAUCCUCAGGCACCCCGUAGUGCCGGAAGACGUGUGUAAAUAGGGCCUCAGCUGUUUGUAGGGCCGUAGGGAGGCCGGGCAGCGGAAUGAGGCGGCAGGACUUAGAAAACUGAUCCACAACAACCAGGAUCGUGGUGUUCCCUUGUGAGGGGGGAAGAUCCGUCACGAAGUCCACCGAUAGGUGGGACCAUGGUCGUUGUGGAACGGGUAGAGGUUGCAAUUUCCUUCUGGGCAGGUGUCUAGGAGCCUUACACUGGGCGCACACCGAGCAGGAGGAAACAUAAACCCUCACGUCCUUAGCUAAGGUGGGCCACCAGUACUUCUCACUAAGACAGUGCACUGUCCGACCGAUACCAGGAUGACCAGAGGAGGGUGACGUGUGAGCCCAAUAGAUCAACCGAUCGCGGACAUCAAGCGAUACGUACACACGACCCUCUGGACACUGGGGAGGAGUGGGUUCGUUGCGCAACGCCCGCUCGAUCUCCGCGUCAACCUCCCACACCACCGGUGCCACCAGACACGACGCCGGAAGUAUGGGAGUGGGCUCCACGGAACUCCCCUCUGAGUCAUACAGUCGGGACAGAGCAUCUGCCUUAGCGUUCUGGGAACCUGGCCUGUAAGAAAGGGUGAAAACAAAACGGGUGAGAUACAUGGACCACCUUGCCUGGCGAGGGUUUAACCUCCUCGCUGCCUGGAUGUACUCCAGAUUGCGGUGAUCAGUCAAAAUGAGAAAAGGGUGUUUAGCCCCCUCAAGCCAAUGUCUCCACGCUUUCAGAGCUUCGACCACAGCCAACAGCUCCCGGUCCCCCACAUCAUAGUUGCGCUCCGCCGGGCUGAGCUUCUUCGAAAAGAAGGUUAGGUGGCAUACCCGAGCGCUGAGACAGUACAGCGCCUAUUCCAGCCUCGGACGCAUCCACCUCAACCGUGAAGGCUAAAGAGGGGUCCGGAUGAGCCAGCACUGGAGCCGAGGUAAACAGGUCCUUCAAACGAUUAAAAGCCCUGUCCGCCUCCGUUGACCACUGCAGACGCACCGGCCCCCCCUUCAGUAACGAGGUAAUGGGAGCUGCUACCUGACCAAAGCCCCGGAUAAAUCUCUGGUAGUAAUUAGCAAAACCCAAAAAUCGCUGCACCUCCUUUACCAUGGUUGGAGUCGCCCAAUUACGCACGGCCGAAAUGCGGUCACUCUCCAUCCUCACCCCUGACGCGGACAUAUGGUACCCCAAGAAAGAGAUGGACUCCUGGAAGAACAGGCAUUUCUCUGCCUUAGCAUACAGGUCAUGCUCCAACAGUCUUCCAAGCACCUUACGCACCAGGGACACAUGCUCGGCACGUGUAGCGGAGUAUAUAAGGAUGUCAUCAAUAUACACCACUACCCCUUGUCCGUGCAGGUCCCUGAAAAUCUCAUCCACAAAUGAUUGGAAAACUGAAGGAGCAUUCAUUAACCCGUAGAUACUCAAAAUGUCCAGAGGUGGUGCUAAAUUCCGUCUUCCACUCAUCUCCCUCACGGAUACGCACUAGGUUGUAUGCGCUCCUGAGAUCCAAUUUUGUGAAAAAGCGUGCCCCGUGCAAUGAUUCCGUCAUACUAGUUAUUAGAGGUAAUGGAUAGCUGUACUUGAUGGUAAUCUGAUUUAGGCCACGGUAAUCAAUGCACGGGCGUAACCCACCAUCUUUCUUCUUCACAAAAAAGAAACUUGAGGAAACGGGUGAAGUGGAUGGCCGAAUGUAUCCCUGCCUCAGAGAUUCGGUGACAUAUGUCUCCAUAGCCGCCUUCUCCUCCUGAGACAAAGGAUACACGUGACUCCGGGGAAGUGCAGCUCCUACCUGGAGAUUUAUCGCACAAUCCCCCGGACGAUGGGGUGGUAAUUUAGUCGCCCUCUUUUUGCUGAAGACGAUAGCCAAAUCGGCAUACUCGGAUGGAAUGUGCAUGGUGGAAACCUGGUUUGGACUUUCCACCGAAGUUGCCCCCAAGGAAACUCCUAAACACCUCCCUGAACACUGACUGGACCAUCCCUUGAGAGCCCUCUGUUGCCAUGAAAUAGUGGGGUCAUGAAUGGCUAACCAGGGAAGUCCCAACACCACAGGAUGCGCAGGAGAAUCAAUCAGAUAGAGGCUAAUCCUCUCCUCAUGACCACCCUGCGUCAUCAUCAGCAGAGGAGCGGUGACCUCCCUGAUUAUGCCUGACCCUAACGGGCGACUAUCUAAGGCGUGAACAGGGAAAGGUUUAUCAACAGACACUGUGGGAAUCCCUAGGCUACGUGCAUACUGGCGAUCAAUAAAAUUCCCAAUCGCGCCUGAAUCUACUAGUGCCUUAUGCUGGGAAUGAGGAGAAAAUUCUGGAAACAUAAUGUCGAUACACAUAUUAGCAACAGGGAACUCUGGGUGAGUCGGGUGCCUACUCACCUGAGACGGUCGACCAGUGCUCUGCCUGCUGCCUCGACCUCCUGAGAAACCUCCCCUGCACCGACCAGCAGUGUGUCCUCUGCGGCCACACUUGGUGCAGGGGACAGUUUCUCUCCCAGUCUCCCUACCUGCAGCACCUCCUAGCUCCAUAGGUGUAGGCUCGGAGGUGCUGGGAGAUGAAAUGGACAGGCCCCCAUCAGAACGUCCGCGGGCUGCCAACAGGUUAUCCAACCGGAUGGACAUGUCCACCAGUUGGUCCAGGUUGAGAUUGGUGUCCCUGCAGGCCAGUUCCCGACGGACGUCCUCCCUUAAGCUGCAACGAUAGUGGUCGAUAAGGGCCCGCUCAUUCCAUCCCGCGCUGGCUGCUACAGUCUUGAACUCCAGCGCAAACUCCUGCGCGCUCCUCAUCUCCUGUCUUAGGUGGACCAGACGUUUUCCCGCCGCUCUCCCCUCAGGUGGAUGAUCGAAUACCGCCCGGAAGCGGCGGGUGAAAUCCGCGUAGCGGACAGUUCUCGAGUCUAUAUUUCUCCACUCGGCGUUAGCCCACUCAAGCGCCUUCCCCGAUAGACAGGAGAUAAGGGCGGACACGCUCUCGUAUCCCGAGGGCGCCGGGUGAAUGGUGGCCAGGUAGAGCUCUACCUGUAGGAGAAAUCCCUGGCACCCGGCAGGUGUACCGUCAUAUGCCCUCGGGAGCGAGAGCCGAAUCCCACUGGACCCAGGUGGCGAAAUGGUAGCCAGUGUAGCAGGUGGUGGUGUGGUGGGACAUGGUGAAGGGAUACCACCUCUCGCCAAUCGCUCCAUCAUCUGGAAAACUCGUUCCAUCGUCUCACCAAGAUUCUGGAGGAUCGUCCCUUGACGUUGGACUGGUUCUUCCAUCGUCUCGGUAGAUCCAGUCGUUCCUGCUGACUCCAUUGUGGUGCGUGUUUCUGUCACGAUGUCAGUGUAUGCGGUAGACUGAAGUCAGGCGCAGGACACAGAACUCAAGGGAAAAACGUAACUUUACUAAAGCUCGUAAAGAAACAAGAAGCCUCCACGCAGGGAGGAAUAAAUCCGCUCACCAAUGACAUACGAGUACAAGCAACAAACACGCACAGAACACAAUGGGAGCCACAGGGUUAAAUAGGGGCGGAGUAAUCACAAGAUGGGCAACAGGUGUGAAACAAUCUGACACAACAGGUAGAACAUAGAAACAUAGAACAUAGAUCGGCAGCAGCUAGUACUCCGGUGACGACGAACGCCGAAACCUGCCAGAGCAAGGAGGAGGGGCAGCCUCGGCAGAAUCCAUGACAGUCAUGUAUUGCGUUUGCCAGGGCUACCUUGAAAAAUAGCUUCCUAUCUUGACAGGACUCACCUGGAUAAAUACAAAAUAAAUGAAUACAAGCCAUUCAUGCUACAUCUAUGUUUAAUAUUGCCCAAUAACUUGGUGAACCCGAAUUUAACCUCUUUUCCUUUCUAGUAUGUUAGUAAUAAAAUAACAUGAGUGUUUUGUGAUGUUUUGAAAGGGUUUGCGUGGGAAAGCAGGGGCCAAAGGAGACAAAGGAGAUCACGGUAAAGAUGUAAGUGUUUGGUUUCUGUUAUGCGGUGAACAGCCUAGUGAUUAUAGUGUUGGACCAGUAACUGAAAGGUCGCUAGUCUGAAUUCCACAGCCGACAAGGUGAAAAAUGUCUGCCCUUGAGCAAGACACUUAACCCUAAUUGCUCCAUGGUCGCCGUUGAUCAUGGCUGACACUGGCAGUGACCCCACUCUCCGAGGGUGUCUCAGGGAGAGUUGGGAUAAGCAAAAAACACAUUUCCAAUUCACACAUGCGUAUUAAUACACACUUGUACAUGUGAAAUAGGACAAAUGUAAGCACAGAUCAAAUGAUGAUUAUUUAUUAUGCUCGGUUUGUGUUAAUUAAACUAUAAUACCACAUUGAUAUUUAUACAUAUUGGACAUCAGCUCCUAGUUCAUGUGUUGUUCCAUCUUUCUUAAUUUCCUUGUUGUCUGUCUCAAACCAGGGCCAAGCAGGGUUACCUGGUCCCAUUGGAAUUGAUGGUGUUCCAGGCUUCCCAGGUCAAAAGGGAAAUAAGGUAAGAGUGUCCUUCUUUAUCUAGAAGUUACAGUAUACCUGAAGGGAUAUUAUCUUGUGGUUUCCUCUGUAUAUUUGAAUGAAGCCACAGCGAAUAUCAUAUUUUAAACUAACCAUUUACAUGGGUAUCAUACUGCAUGUUGAUCUGAUUAUGGUUAUAAUAGGAUUCUGAUUGGUGAUUUGUGCUGUUCUUCCCAGGGAGAGGAGGGGAUCGGGGUUCCCGGUGUCCAGGGCCCUCUUGGAGAGCCAGGGGGGAAGGUACGAACAGUUCAUACCUGGACUCAUCAACAUGAAGUGUGUGUAUUGCUUUACCUGAAUUGUGUAGUUUGUUAGUCACAUAUUAGCUGAUCAUUGGUUUAACUUUGUCUUGCAGGGAAAUAUAGGCCUAUCAGGACCUGAGGGACCAAAGGUACUUUAUUUAUGCUAACGCUUUGAUUUGAAGCUCAAACGACAUAGGCAUUCUGCAAACCCGUUGGACUGCAGUAUGGAUCUGGUCAUUCACACCAUUGAAGUAUCAUCUUUGUUCUGUCUUUCUAAGGGAGAUGCUGGUGUUCAAGGGAUACAAGGGGUUGUCGGACCACGGGUAUGCAUCAACUUUUUAUUUUUGUAUAUUCAAUACACAUACAAAAGUGUAGACCAUUAUAAUAUAACUCCUGAGUGGCGCAGUGGUCUAAGGCACUGCAUCGCAGUGCUAACUGUGCCACUAGAUCCUGGUUCGAAUCCAGGCUCUGUCGCAGCCGGCCGCGACCGGGAGACUCAUGGGCGGUGCACAAUUGGCCCAGCGUCGUCCAGGGUAGGGGAGGGAAUGGCCGGCAGGGAUGUAGCUCAGUUGAUAGAGCAUGGCGUUUGCAACGCCAGGGUUGUGGGUUCGAUUCCAACGGGGGGCCAUUAUAAAAAAAAUAUGUAUUCACUAACUGUAAGUCGCUCUGGAUAAGAGCGUCUGCUAAAUGACUAAAAUGUAAAUGUAUAAUGUACUUUAUAUAUGGACGUCCGUAAUGAAAUUAUUCAGGCUGGAUGGUUUCUCUCCUCCUUUAGGGGAAGAAGGGCGUGAAAGGCAGCCAAGGGGAUAAGGUGAGUUAAAUCCACACUCUACCGCUCGUUACGCCUCCUCAUAUUGAAAUAUUCUCUGCAUAAUUAAUAAGAGUGGUGUUUCAUCAGCUGAUUAAAUUAGAAAAUAUAUGUAUUUCAGCUCCAGGUCAAUCACUGGGCUGUGUAUGGCUUAGAAUGUGAUCAGCUCCCAUUAUUAAAGGGCUUUGGGUGUGUGCGUCUGUGUGCGCCAGUCCGAGCACAAGCCAACAAAGUGCAAGUCCUCACCUCAUAACAGUUAUCAUAUCUCUCGCUACAAUAGUAUGUUUUUACUCGACAGUCAUGUGUGUGAGUAGCUCAUCAGAUAAUGAUCAUGGUGAUAAUGUGGUGGUAAUGUUAUGGUUAUGUCUCCUACAGGGCGAUCGAGGAGAGCUGGGGCCUAUGGGACCACAGGGAGUGACAGUGAGUAUAACCAGCCAUUACAGAACCAAUCGUUACCACACUACCAAACCUGGGCUGUGUUCAUUUGGGCAUGCAGAAACUGAAACGGAGAGGGAUUACCCGGACUUGUCCGAUAAGAAACACUCAUUUUAGUUUUUUCUGUUUUAGUUUUUCACAAAUCCUCUGGUUACAAAUUUGCUCUCAUUAUCCUUCAAAUCACUUGUGUUGUAACUUUUCAUUGAGAAAGUUUGCAACUAGUUAGGUGAACCCACUUACCCUUCCCUCUUCACUGCCCUCUCCCUCCAUAUAUUAUCUGUGUGAAGGAGUGUGUGUACCUUAGGGAAAUUAACCCAGCUGAUUAGAUUGAAGUGGGCAGCCAUCCUCAUCCCACCUCCAACCUGUCCAGCCAUCGGCUACAUCGGUCCGCUAAUAGACGACUAGUAAAGGCCCAGUGCACUACUUUUGUGAAAAUAAUAUUUUUUACAUUUUUACUUAUUAAUAUGUUGUUUUCCCACCGAUUUUUCAGGGGGUACUGCAGCACCCUCAGCACCCCUACGGCUAUGGGUGUAUCAGGACUAAUGGUCUAUCUGAGAAGGUCUUUCAUCACUGAGCUUUAAUUUAACCUUCAUUUAUUUGCAACGUGCAUAAUGAAUACGGGAGGAUUAUCUCAAAUGAUCAUCUUAGUUAUCAUCUUAGUAUGUUUGGAAAGGUAUGAAUAAUUUCAGUGAAGCAUUUGCUCCAGUGGCUGAUAUUGACUGACAUUAAUAUUUUUAUAACAAUUGGCCAAUUAACAGUGUAACCCAUAACAAAUAAAUAUUAAUGUUAUUGUUUGUUUCAUUUUUCUGAAAGUGUCAAAAUGCACCUUAUGACUCGUAUGUUAUGAGUAGGACCCUGUGUUCUGGGCUAUCAUGUCAUAUGAUCUAGAUUUAUUUUAAGCCUUUACCAGAAAUUAGAAUUACACCAAAAAUGAAAGCAAUUGUCUGAGGACCAACUGGAGCUGGACCAACUGACAUGAAAAGAAAAGGGGAAAGUUUGAUGAAAAAGCUUUAAAUAAAAGUGUAACUCCUGGUCAUGUGACGUGAUUAACCAAAACACAGGGCCCUAGUUAUGAGAUAUGAGAUUUGAUUACCUUAUUUGGCAAGAUAUAUUUAUUUUCUGUAUUAUAAGGUCAGGUAAGUUUGUUAUGUGUAUUGUUCAGGAUGUGAAUAGAUAUGUUGUCCUCCACUCUCUCAGGGCUUUGCAGGGGCUGUUGGGCAUAAGGGUGACGAGGUGAGUAUUCAUGGUGUGUGUGUGUGUGUGUGUGUCCCCUGUAGCUCAGUUGGUAGAGCAUGGCGCUUGCAACGCCAGGGUUGUGGGUUCGUUUCCCACGGGGGGCCAGUAUGAAAAUGUAUGCACUCACUAACUGUAAGUCGCUCUGGAUAAGAGCGUCUGCUAAAUGACUAAAAUGUCAAUGUGUGUGUGAGAGAGAGAUAUAAGCCUUUGGUCUCACUCCACAGGGACAGAGAGGAGUUCCUGGUGACCCAGCCAAAGGGGUAAUGUUACAAUAUCAUAAAUAAUUCUCACUGACUGUACUUACCUAGCUACAUGUUUUUAUACACAGUACUAUCAUAUUAUGCUUACUCUCCGUUUCAUCACAACAGAUCAUUGGUCCCACAGGAAAGAAGGGUGCCAGGGUAAGUUACUUAUUAUUGCUUGUUUAUGUAUUUUUCACUUUAGGUCAAACCUGCAAACCCGCAACAAUAACCCUAAGGUGCCCCUAACCACACAAGAUGGCCCUCUGGUGUUACUUUAAUAUACAGUCAGUGGUGACGCACAUUAAUGGCUUCUGCAUUGCAACAAACUAGAAGCCAUCUCAUCCUGACAGUUAAAGUGCUGUUAAUUGGUGGUGGGAGUAUUCUCUCACAACAAGGACCAAAUCCCCAGGCCUGCCUGUCAACAAACACUGGGGACUAAUGGAUUACCCAUGCUACACCACAGAGAUAGCUAUUUCCUCUCUAGAAGUAGUCGUCCACAGUGUAUUGUUAAAAGUUAGAGUUUAAGGGGGGGGGUGGAUCUUCAGAUCUUUCUUUGUUUAAACAACACUUCAAAGGCCCCCUUGGUUGCUAAGCUGCUUUUGAUUGUUGUACUGUAAGUGGUUGUAGUGUUUAUUGAUUGGCCUGUGUGUGUGUGACUGUCUGUGUUGUGUUACUCAGGGUGAAAUUGGUCCCGUCGGUCCGACCGGACCCCAGGGAGUAAAGGGGGUCCAAGGAGUCAAAGGAGAAAAGGUAAACCACACAGAAUAGUGCCAUCCAUCUUGUCAUUACCUCAGGUUCCACCAUAACCCAUUUCCUGCCCUGAGAUUCACCCCUACCCAGCAGACAUAACAAUCGCAUGGUAGGUAUAACAAUCACAUGGUCAACAAUCACAUGGUCGACAUAACAAUCACAUGGUCGACAUAACAAUCACAUGGUCGACAUAACAAUUACAUGGUCAACAUAACAAUCACAUGAUAGGCAUAACAAUUACAUGGUAGACAUAACAAUCACAUGGUAGGCAUAAUCACAUGGUCGACACAACAAUCACAUGGUCGACACAACAAUCACAUGGUCGACAUAACAAUCACAUGGUCGACAUAAUCACAUGGUCGACACAACAAUCACAUGGUCGACACAACAAUCACAUGGACACAACAAUCACAUGGUAGGCAUAACAAUCUCAUGGUCGACACAACAAUCACAUGGUCGACAUAACAAUCACAUGUUCGACACAACAAUCACAUUUAACAUAUUAUUGUGUUGUGACUGCUGGUAUAGAAAAAGAAAGUGUGUGUUUAUGUCUGGGCUGAUGUGUAUGGUUUGUCUGUUGGGUUUCUACAGGGUAGUCCUGGGUUCGGCAUUCCUGGACAGCAGGGACCAAAGGGAGAAAAUGGUGAAAGGGUGAGUGCUUCAUUACCGGUGUGUGUCAUUGGCCAGAUGACCUGACGAAGAUCCAACUCGAAUCGAAACGUUGUCUUUUUUGUGCGUGUGUUUAAAUCACCAUGGGAACAUACCAGUUGCGGACAUCUCUUUUUUCGUUGAUACGAUCUUCUGUCCUGCACCUGAUAAGUUAGAUGUGCAUAUAUUUAUCUUUUUUCUAUUGGUCAGAUGAGCCAUUAUACUCUAGGACAGGCUGACAUGUUGGUUUCCUCCACCUUACAGGGAAAUGUUGGCUUGUCUGGGAAACCUGGACCCAAGGUAAAUAACUUCUCUCAUUCCACUUUACAUGCUAUCAAUGUCGUUACAUUGUAGGGACAUUUUAGAGCUAUUCGAAUGAAACAUUCACGCAUCAUGUCAUUGCUAACUCCAUCUUUACAGGGGCAUGAUGGCUCUAAAGGGGAAGAGGGGACUGUUGGGGUCCCCGGGAAUCCUGGAGCACCAGGACUAAGAGGUAAAGAUGUAAGUAAAUCCUGACUGGCUGUUAUUGCAGUGACGAAAGUGUGUGUGUGUGUGUGUGUGCGUGUGAGAUAAAUGGUGUCACGAUCGUCGUAGGGAAUAGACCAAGGCGCAGCGUGAUGAACGAACAUGUUUAAACUUUAUUAUCUUUAGUGAUAAUAGACAACAAUAAACAAAACAAGAAACGACUCGUGAAGUCCACGGUAACAAAGACCAACACGGAACAAAAACCCACCAACACAAAGGGAAAACAGACAGUUUAAAUAUGGCUCCCAAUUAGAGACAACCAACGACAGCUGACACUCGUUGCCUCUGAUUGGGAGUCACUCUAGCCAACAUAGAAAUAGAAGAACUAGAACCCCCAACAUAGAAAUAUACCACAUAGAAUGAACACACCCUGGCUCAACAUAUAGAGUCCCAGAGCCAGGGUGUGACAGUACCCCCCCCUAAAGGCGCGGACUGCGACCGCGCCUCCACUAGAACAAAACAGGGGAGGGCUGGGUGGGCAUUCCUCCUCGGCGGCGGUUCUGGCUCCGGCCUUGCCCACCACCCUCCAAUAAUCCCCCCAUAGCGCCCCUGGUCCGGUCUGGCCCCGCUGGCUGGAGCUGAACUGGACGUAGCAGGAGCGGUUAGCUUCAGCUCCGUUGUGGAGCAGUUGAGCGGUACCUGAUUAGGCACCGAUGACCCAGGCACGGGUUGUGCCGGACUGACGACGCGCACCCCUGGCUUGGUGCGUGAGGCAGGAACGGACCGGACCGGGCUGACGAUGCGCACCCCUGGCUUGGUGCGUGGAGCAGCAACGCGCCGGACCGGGCUGACGAUACGCACCCCUGGCUUGGUGCGUGGAGCCGGAACGGGCCUCACCGAACUGACGACUCGCACCCCUGGCUUGGUGCGUGGAGCAGCAACGGGCCGGACCGGGCUGACGAUGCGCACCCCUGGCUUGGUGCGUGGAGCCGGAACGGGCUUUACCGGACUGACGACUCGCACCCCUGGCUUGGUGCGUGGAGCAGCAACGGGCCGGACCGGGCUGACGAUGCGCACCCCUGGCUUGGUGCGUGGAGCCGGAACGGGCUUUACCGGGUUGACGAUGCGCACCCCUGGCUUGGUGCGUGGAGCAGCAACGGGCCGGACCGGGCUGACGAUACGCACCCCUGGCUUGGUGCGUGGAGCCGGAACGGGCUUUACCGGGCUGACGACUCGCACCCCUGGCUUGGUGCGUGGAGCAGCAACAGGCUUUACCAGGCUGACGACUCGCACUCCUGGCUUGGUGCGAGUAGCAGGAACGGGCUGGACCAGGCUGACGACUCGCACCCCUGGCUUGGUGCGAGUAGCAGGAACGUUCUGGACCAGGCUGACGACUCGCACCCCUGGCUUGGUGCGAGUGGCAGGAACAGGCCGGGCCGGGCUGGCGACUCGCACCCCUGGCUUGGUGCGAGUGGCAGGAACAGGCCGGGCCGGGCUGGCGACGCGCACCGUAGGCUUGGUGCGAGUGGCAGGAACAGGCCGAGCCGGGCUGGCGACGCACACCGUAGGCUUGGUGCGAGUGGCAGGAACAGGCCGGGCCGGGCUGGCGACGCGCACCGUAGGCUUGGUGCGAGUGGCAGGAACAGGCCGGGCCGGGCUGGCGACGCACACCGUAGGCUUGGUGCGAGUGGCAGGAACAGGCUGGGCCGGACUGGCGACGCACACCUUAGGCUUGGUGCGAGGGGCAGGAACAGGCCGGGCCGGGCUGGCGACGCACACCGUAGAUUUGGUGCGAGUGGCAGGAACAGGCUGGGCCGGACUGGCGACGCACACCGUAGGCUUGGUGCGUGGAGCAGGGACAGGCCAGACUGCGCUGGCGACGCACACCGUAGGCUUGGUGCGUGGAGCAGGGACAGGCCGGACCGGGCUGGCGACGCACACCGUAGGCUUGGUGCGAGGGGCAGGAACAGGUCGGGCCGGACUGGCGACGCGCACCCAUAACUUAGUGCGGGGAGCAGGAAUGGGCCGGACCGGACUGGUGACGCACACCACUUGCUUGGUGUGAGGAGCGGGACUGGGUUUCAUCAUAACCCUCCGCUCCCUCAGCUGCCUACCUAGUUCCUCUCGCCGUGCCUCUAUUCUCACCCUCUCCCUUAUCGCCUCCAGUAACUCUACCCUCUGCACCACUAACUCCUUCUCCCUCUGCGCCAAUAGCCCCCUUAACCUGGUGGCCUCCUCACCUAAUCGCCCUGUGGCAGCCUCCUGCUGCCCAGUCGCCCAUGCCGUGUGCCCCCCCCUAAAAAUGUUUUGGGGUUGCCUCUCGACCGUCCGACGACAACACUGAUCACGCCGUUGCUCCUCUCUCCGUCGCGCCUCUACCGUCUCACUCCAUGGCCGGCGAUCCAUCCCGGCCAGGAUUUCCUCCCAGGUCCAGGACCCCUGUCCGUCCAAAAUCUGCUCCCACGUCCAGGCUGCCUGCUCCUGGACACGCUGCUUGGUCCUGGUAUGGUGGGUUCUUCUGUCAUGAUCGUCGUAGGGAAUAGACCAAGGCGCAGCGUGAUGAACGAACAUGUUUAAACUUUAUUAUCUUUAGUGAUAAUAGACAACAAUAAACAAAACAAGAAACGACUCGUGAAGUCCACGGUAACAAAGACCAACACGGAACAAAAACCCACCAACACAAAGGGAAAACAGACAGUUUAAAUAUGGCUCCCAAUUAGAGACAACCAACGACAGCUGACACUCGUUGCCUCUGAUUGGGAGUCACUCUAGCCAACAUAGAAAUAGAAGAACUAGAACCCCCAACAUAGAAAUAUACCACAUAGAAUGAACACACCCUGGCUCAACAUAUAGAGUCCCAGAGCCAGGGUGUGACAAAUGGCCUGUUCACAUUAUAUUGGCAAAUAGGAUUAGGAUCAAUAUAAUACAUUCACAUUGUUCUUCAAACAGUCAGCAUGUGUUAGAUGACACUCUCGGGGUGACAAUUGUCCUUGUCUAUAGGGUGUGCCUGGAAUCAAAGGAGAAUCAGGACUACGGGUGAGUUCAUGCAUCUGUAUCCGCUGUCCUAUAUUUCAGUAUAGUCUCCUUGUAUGUAGCUUACCAAAAAUGCAAUGAAACCUCUGCCAAUAGCUCUGAACCUCUAUGGCACAGGGUAAUGCACUCGCCACGUUACCACUGGUUUACUGGUUCAAGCCCCACUCCCUCUGUUCCGCCUCAAUCACUACAACAACAUUAGAUUUAGACACAGCACCUACAGCAUACGAUUGGAUACAACACCCACAAACAUGCUGUGAGUCACAGUUUUUCCUCUCUGUUAUGAAUGUUUUCUCCUCAGGGAGAACAGGGAUCAGCUGGUGAGCCUGGUGAGAGAGGAAUAAGGGUAAAGUCUCCGUGUUCUACCCAACUCUUAUCGUUUCUCUGCACACAAGUUUGAAAUAUGUUGCACUGUCUGUUGGAGGGGAUACUCUUUGCCUUAUUCUGACUCUAUAGUGUGAUUGUAGGGCCCACUGGGGUUACCGGGACGACCAGGGGACCCAGCAGAGAAAGGAGAUACGGGGAACAUUGGUUUGCCUGUAAGCAUUGUCUGACUUUACUAUCAAGCGCUAUUUUGUUUGUAAAACUUUAUUAGUCGCUGUCAAAGAUACAACCCUGAUUGAUUUGAAUUCCUCUGCGUGGUUUGAUAUGUUCAGCGAUAUGAUUUCGUCUUUUUUUUCAGGGAAUGGAGGGAAAGAAAGGAGAGCCUGUAGGUCUACGUUCACAACAACAUACUAUCCAACAUGUAUCACUGCAUGCAGCGGUUGGCUGACUCUCCAUCACGCUUGGUUUAGGCCAAUGUCUCACGUCACUGACUUUGCCCAUUGUUGAGGAACAUAAACACUCUUGUGUUUCUAAUUAUAUUCUUAGCCUGAUAAAAUGCACAAAUGAAACUUUAUUAAUCAUGUUAUGUUCCCCUUGAGUGAGUCUUGUAUCUCCCAUCAGUAUUGUGAUGGCGAUGCAGGACUGCUCAGCUAGCACAAUGUAUUUACUAGCCGCUAGUUUCUAAUCGCACAUCCCUCUUGUUUUGCUUUGUUCCCAUGGUCUCGCCUCUGAAGGGAAAACCAGGACCUCCGGGAGGCGCGCAAGUAAGUCCACACAUAAUCCAUUACCACUUCAGAACAACUUUACAUCAACUCAGCCAUCCCUGGCAGAUGGAACUAGUGAGAAGAUGCUUGAUGCUCCUAGAAGCGAGCCCAAGGGGUUUGAUUAUAUUUCCAGGGAGUUAGAUGAAAACGUGAUUGAACAUUAACUUAACUUUUUGGGGGUCGUUAAUUUUGUUUAAUAUGACUAGUCCAUCUUUAAUUUAACCCUUUCAAGACCGUUUAUGGAGAGGACUGGACCUGUUUCAUAUUUCUGUUGUGUUUGUUCCCUCCAGUUCAGUUCAGACAACAAUAUCCUGACCAGGGUGAUCAAGGUGAGAUAAGUGGAAUCUACGUCAUCGGCAUGACAUGGACCACUGUAUAAUAGAUGUAUAUGUACUUAAUCACAGUGUAAUAGAUUUAUUUAAUCACAGUGUAAUAGAUUUACUUAAUCACAGUAUAAUAGAUUUACUUAAUCACAGUGUAAUAGAUUUACUUAAUCACAGGGUAAUAUAUUUACUUAAUGACAGUGUAAUAGAUGUACUUAAUCACAGUGUAAUAUAUUUACUUAAUCACAGUGUAAUAGAUUUACUUAAUCACAGUAUAAUAGAUUUACUUAAUCACAGUAUAAUAGAUUUACUUAAUCACAGUAUAAUAAAUUUACUUAAUCACAGUAUAAUAUAUUUACUUAAUCACAGAAUAAUAUAUUUACUUAAUCACAGUAUAAUAGAUGGACUUAAUCACAGUAUAAUAUAUGUACUUAAUCACAGUGUAAUAGAUUUACUUAAUCACAGUAUAGUAGAUUAACUUAAUCACAGUAUAAUAGAUUUACUUAAUCACAGUAUAAUAGAUGUACUUAAUCACAGUAUAAUAUAUUUACUUAAUCACAGUAUAAUAUAUGUACCUAAUCACAGUGUAAUAGAUUUACUUAAUCACAGUAUAAUAGAUUAACUUAAUCACAGUAUAAUAGAUUUACUUAAUCACAGUAUAAUAGAUGUACUUAAUCACAGUAUAAUAGAUUUACUUAAUCACAGUAUAAUACAUUGACAUGUAUUCCUAUUGCUCAAGCUCUUAGCCAGAAAUACCUAUUUCUAUUAUAUUAUUUUUAUUAUGUUAUUUUCUAUUCUAUUAUUUUCUAUUUGAUUCAGGCUGUUGUGUUUUCUUAUCCAUCAGGGUGAACCAGGAGAUCCUGGAGAGCCCGGUCUCAGAGGGGAGACAGGUCUGCCUGGACAAAGGGUGAGUGUCACACCUAGAGGUCACAGGUCAUGUUUGGCGGAUCAUGGUCACAAUAACUCUGUAUUCUUCUCUCUGUAGGGUCCUGAUGGAAAACCAGGACCACCAGGAACGGUAUGAUCACAUGAGUAAACAAUGAAGAGCUCUAUCGCUAAGUAGUAUCGCUCAGACUUUUCAAACGUUCUGUGAACAGGCUGAUAAAAGAUAUGUAUGUAAAACCCACAACGUUGAAUGACCUCAAAAUAACUGUAACCUACAAGGUGAAGGCUGAGGGCUUAUAUUGGUGUUACAUUGUUGUAACUGAUGUUUACAUCCGAUGUUUACAUCUGAACCAUGAUAACAUGUUUGACAGGGAGGGUCUGGGUCAGGGAGAGAUGGUCUGGAUGAGUUACCAGGAAAACCUGGAUCCAAGGUUUGGACACCUCUUGCCCUCACUUCCUUUCACAUGUGUUGUUGUUAUUCUAAUGUGAACACACACAAACAUACACUUACAUAGGCUAGAUGUUUUGUUGUUGUUUGUCAGCAUAACAGAACCAUUAUCACAGUAAGAGUUCACAUUAACAAAAUUGGGUGUUGAUUGUUCAAUCCAUAAAAAGGUGUUGUGUUUUGAAUGGUUUCCUGUCUGCAGGGUGACCCAGGAAAGACAGGCGAGCCAGGAAUGGUGAGUGCAGUAUUCACACCCUUUGAAUAAACAAAUGUUGCUCUAUUCCUUUAAUCAGAGGAUAACUGCAGUCCUACAGAGCUACAUGGUGUGUUUAAGCCCAGCUCUGAUAAACAUGAUUAAACCAACUGUGGUCUAAAUGAAAGACUGUUAUUAGUUGUUGAUCAGUUGAUUCAGGGAGUGUUACUGCUGGGUGAAACAAAACCCUGCACCGGCUGUGGCUCUCCAGGACUACAGCAGUUUCCCUCUUGCGUUACACUACAUUACAUUGAUUGAUGAUGUGCAUGGACUAAUGAAGUACUUCAGAAGAUGGUUUGGGUUACGAUGAGGUUAGACAGUUGAACUAGCUCACAAGGCUUUUAUAAGUUAUGUUUUUCAAGAAUCAAAGAGUAUGUAUUAUUAAUUUAAAUGAUCAAAAACCAUACAGUUGGUGGUGUGAUUUUCAUAAUUUACCACUGAUGAGAAAGCCUUCUGCUGUGCAUAGUAUGUGGACUUCUCUCAGCAAGAGCUUGUCAAUUCAUUUAACAUUAUAUAGUAGCAAUGUUGUACGAGUUUGAUGAUUGUUAGUCAUCCAUGAGUCAUUUAAGAAUACCAUAAUGUAUGCAGAAGGGCAAGGAAGCCCACUUUAUAUAUGGGAAAUGUGUGUGUGCGUGUGCGCUUGCAUGUGCGUUUGCGUGUGAGCUUGUGUGUGUGUGUGCAUGUGCGUGUGUGUGCGCUUGUGUGUGCGUGCGCGUGUGUGUGUGCGUGUGUGUGUCUCUGAGCAGAGGGGAGAGAAAGGAGAUCAAGGCAGGGUGGGGAUUGCUGGAAUGCCCGGGUUACCUGGGACCCCAGUGAGUAUGUUUCUGUCAUUGUCAUCAUCAUAACAUACAGUAAUUAAAUAUUACAAUACUUAAUAUCAAACAAUUGCACUUGGCUAUGAUUUGUAUAACAAAAAUACUGACUAUUUCAUUAUCUGUAGAUAGAUUUUUUUUUUGCCAGUUUGUGAGUGACAUAUUUGUCUCCUUGAUAUGUAGGGGAGACCUGGCAUUGAUGGAAAGAGAGGACUGGCUGGAAAAGAUGUGAGCAUUUUUGUUUCUCUGUGUCAAAUAUUUUAUUGAUUCGAUGUUCCUGCUCUGUUCUACUUAAGAUCACUUAAAAAAUUCCCCAAAAUACAAAUACCCCAAAAUGAAGACUUCUCCUAAUUAUUCUCUUGUGACAGGGAGAACAAGGACUAAGAGGAGUUGAUGGCAAAAAGGUAGGAUUUGGAGCAAGUCUGGCUAUUCCCCAAACACACCAACACAAUAAACCAUUUUUGUGAUUUUUCUUUUCUAACACUAGGGUGAUAAUGGUGAAUCUGGAACUGAUGUAAGUUAUUUUAUUUUAAUAAGGCAUUAUUCAUUGUCAUCAAAUUAUGAAUAUGAUAAUUAUGCCCAGUUGUUAAUUGCUCCUAUCAUCCCCCCAGGGGAAAAAAGGGGAAGUGGGUGCUCCGGGCCCACCUGGUACCCAUGUUCUGGUCACUCAACAUGAGGUAAGUACAUCUCCACAUUCCCUACAAACUGGUGCACCAUGUAAGGACAAUCUUCGACAUUAUCCAUGAUAACCCGUCUGGUUCUCCAAAAGGCGUCCCACGGCUGGUGGUUUUAUUAGCCCCCACCAAGUAAAAAAAUAAUAUAUAUAUAUAUAUAUAUAUUAUUUAUUUGUUUUUUAAUUUAAAAAAAAUAAUAUAUACAAUAUAUAUACAUUGCCUAGCAAAAGUAUUCAUCCCCCUAGCCAUUUUUCCUAUUUUGUUGCAACCUGUAAUUUAAAUGGAUUUUUAUUUGGAUCUCAUGUAAUGGACAUACACAAAAUAGUCCAAAUUGGUGAAGUGAAAUGAAACAAAUAACUUGUUUCAAAAAAUUCAAAAAAACUAAUAACGGAAAAGUGGUGCGUGCAUACAGUGGGGAGAACAAGUAUUUGAUACACUGCCGAUUUUGCAGGUUUUCCUACUUACAAAGCAUGUAGAGUUCUGUAAUUUUUAUGAUAGGUACACUUCAACUGUGAGAGACGGACUCUAAAACAAAAAUCCAGAAAAUCACAUUGUAUGAUUUUUAAGUAAUUCAUUUGCAUUUUAUUUCAUGACAUAAGUAUUUGAUCACCUACCAACCAGUAAGAAUUCCAGCUCUCACAGACCUGUUUUUCUUUAAGAAGCCCUCCUGUUCUCCACUCAUUACCUGUAUUAACUGCACCUGUUUGAACUCGUUACCUGUAUAAAAGACACCUGUCCACACACUCAAUCAAACAGACUCCAACGUCUCCACAAUGGCCAAGACCAGAGAGCUGUGUAAGGACAUCAGGGAUUGUCACGAUCGCUGACAGAUGAAGCGGACCAAGGCGCAGCGUGAUAAGCGUACAUACUUUAUUUGUGUACACAACACGAACCAAAACAAUAAACCAACGAUAUGUGAAGUCCUAGGUUAUACACAAAACCUUACGGAACAAGAUCCCACAAAACUAACAUGCCAAAAGGCUGCCUAAGUAUGGCCCCAAUCAGAGACAACGAGCUACAGCUGUCUCUGAUUGGGAACCACCCUGGCCAACAUAGAUAUAAGCGAUCUAGAAUGAAAAACAUAGAAAACUAAACAAAAACUCCACACCCUGGCUCAACAUGUAAGAGUCCCCCGAGCCAGGGCGUGACAGUACCCCCCCCCAAAGGCGCGGACUGCGACCGCGCCAACCAAACACAAGAGGGUAGGGGCCGGGUGGGCAUUCCGCCUCGGAGGCGGGUCCGGCUCUGGGCGUGACCACCACUCUCUCUCUACCCCCCCGUAGCGCCCCUGGUCUGGUCUGGCCCCGCUGGCCGGAGCUGGACUGGACAGCGGUGGAGCGGAUUGCUUUGGCUCCGGUGUGGAGCAGCUGACCGGUGCCGGACCAGGCACCGGUGGAACAGGCACAGACCGUGCCGGACUGACGACGCGCAACACUGGCUUGGUGCGGGGAGCAAGAACGGACCGGACCGCGCUGACGACGCGCACCACUGGCUUGGUGCGGGGAGCAGGAACGGGCCGGACCGGGCUGGCGACGCGCACCACAGGCUUGGUGCGAGGGACAGGAACAGGCCGGACCGGGCUGGCGACGCGCACCACAGGCUUGGUGCGAGGGACAGGAACAGGCUGGACCGGGCUGACGACGCGCACCACAGGCUUGGUGCGAGGGACAGGAACAGGCCGGACCGGGCUGACGACGCGCACCACAGGCUUGGUGCGAGGGACAGGAACAGGCCGGACCGGGCUGACGACGCGCACCACAGGCUUGGUGCGGGGAGCAGGAACAGGCCGGACCGGGCUGGUGACGCGCACCACAGGCUUGGUGCGGGGAGCAGGGACAGGCCGGACCGGGCUGGCGACGCGCACCACAGGCUUGGUGCGGGGGACAGGAACAGGUCGGGCCGGACUGGGAACACACACCACUGGCCUUGUGCGGGAAUCAGGAACGGACCGGACUGGUGACACACACCACUUGCUUGGUGCGAGGAGCGGGACUGGGUUUCCUCAUAAACCUCCGCUCCCUCUGCUGCCUAACCAGUUCCUCUCGCCGUGCCUCUACACUCUCCUUCUCCCUCGUGACCAAUAGCCCCCGUAACCUGGUGGCCUCCUCUCCUAGUCCACCGAAUCGCCCUGUAGCUGCCUCCAGUAGCCACGUCGUCCACGCCGUGUGCCCCCCCAAAAACAUUUCUUGGGGUUGCCACUCGCGUGUCCGUCGUCGGCACGGUUGGCGCCGUUUCUCCUCUCCUGCCUGUGCAUUUACUUUUGCCCAUGGCCCUCUGCCCGCGAAUAUGUCCUCCCAAGACCACCAUUGGCCCACCUGCGACAUCGCUAUACUCUCCUCCUGGGCACGCUGCUUGGUCCUCCUUUGGUGGGAUCUUCUGUCACGAUCGCUGACAGAUGAAGCGGACCAAGGCGCAGCGUGAUAAGCGUACAUACUUUAUUUGUGUACACAACACGAACCAAAACAAUAAACCAAUGAUACGUGAAGUCCUAGGUUAUACACAAAACCUUACGGAACAAGAUCCCACAAAACUAACAUGCCAAAAGGCUGCCUAAGUAUGGUCCCCAAUCAGAGACAACGAGCUACAGCUGUCUCUGAUUGGGAACCACCCUGGCCAACAUAGAUAUAAAUGAUCUAGAACGAAAAACAUAGAAAACUAAACAAAAACUCCACACCCUGGCUCAACAUUUAAGAGUCCCCCGAGCCAGGGCGUGACAGGGAUAAAAUUGUAGACCUGCACAAGGCUGCGAUGGUCUACAGGACAAUAGGCAAGCAGCUUGGUGAGAAGGCAACAACUGUUGGUGCAAUUAUUAGAAAAUGGAAGUUCAAGAUGACGGUUAAUCACCCUCGGUCUGGGGCUCCAUGCAAGAUCUCACCUCGUGGGGCAUCAAUGCUCAUGAGGAAGGUGAGGGAUCAGCCCAGAACUACACGGCAGGACCUGGCCAAUGACCUGAAGAGAGCUGGGACCACAGUCUCAAAGAAAACCAUUAGUAACACACUACGCCGUCAUGGAUUAAAAUCCUGCAGCGCACGCAAGGUCCACCUGCUCAAGCCAGCGCAUGUUCAGGCCCGUCUGAAGUUUGCCAAUGACCAUCUGGAUGAUCCAGAGGAGGAAUAGGAAAAGGUCAAGUGGUCUGAUGAGACAAAAAUAGAGCUUUUUGGUCUAAACUCCACUCGCCGUGUUUGGAGGAAGAAGAAGGAUGAGUACAACCCCAAGAACACCAUCCCGACCGUGAAGCAUGGAGGUGAGAAUAUCAUUCUUUGGGGAUGCUUUUCUGCAAAGGGGACAGGACGACUGUACCGUAUUGAGGGGAGGAUGGAUGGGGCCAUGUAUCGCGAGAUCUUGGCCAACAACCUCCUUCCCUCAGUAUGAACAUUGAAGAUGGGUCGUGGCUGGGUCUUCCAGCAUGACAACGACCCGAAAGACACAGCCAGGGCAACUAAGGAGUGGCUCCGUAAGAAGCAUCUCAAGGUCCUGGAGUGGCCUAGCCAGUCUCCAGACCUGAACCCAAUAGGAAUCUUUGGAGGGAGCUGAAAGUCCGUAUUGCCCAGCGACAGCCCCGAAACCUGAAGGAUCUGGAGAAGGUCUGUAUGGAGGAGUGGGCCAAAAUCCCUGCUGCAGUGUGUGCAAACCUGGUCAAGACCUACAGGAAACGUAUGAUCUCUGUAAUUGCAAACAAAGGUUUCUGUACCAAAUAUUAAGUUCUGCUUUUCUGAUGUAUCAAAUACUUAUGUCAUGCAAUAAAAUGCUAAUUAAUUACUUAAAAAUCAUACAAUGUGAUUUUCUGGAUUUUUGUUUUAGAUUCCGUCUCUCACAGUUGAAGUGUACCUAUGAUAAAAAAUUACAGACCUCUACAUGCUUUGUAAGUAGGAAAACCUGCAAAAUCGGCAGUGUAUCAAAUACUUGUUCUCCCCACUGUAUGUAUCACCCCCUUUUCUAUAAGAUCUGGUGCAACCAAUUACCUUCAGAAGUCACAUAAUUAGUUAAAUAAAGUCCACCUGUGUGCAAUCUAAGUGUCACAUGAUCUGUCACAUGAUCUCAGUAUAUAUAUACUUGUUCUGAAAGGCCUCAGAGUCUGCAACACCACUAAGCAAGGGGCACCACCAAGCAAGCGGCACCAUGAAGACCAAGGAGCUUUCCAAACAGGUCAGGGACAAAGUGGUGAUAAGUACAGAUCAGGGUUGGGUUAUAAAAAAAAAUCAGAAACUUUGAACAUCCCACGGAGCACCAUCCUAAUCCAUUAUUAAAAAAUGGAAAGAAUAUGGCACCACAAUAAACCUGCCAAGAGAGGGCCGCCCACCAAAACUCACGGACCAGGCAAGGAGGGCAUUCAUCAGAGAGGCAACAAAGAGACCAAAUAUAACCCUGAAGGAGCUGCAAAGCUCCACAGCGGAGAUUAUAGGACCACUUUAAGCCGUACACUCCACAGAGCUGGGCUUUACGGAAGAGUGGCCAGAAAAAAGCCAUUGCUUAAAGAAAAAAAAUAAGCAAACACGUUUGGUGUUUGCCAAAAGGCAUGUGGGAGACUCCCCAAACAUAUGGAAGAAGGUAAUCUGGUUAGAUGAGACUAAAAUUUAGCUUUUUGGCCAUCAAGGAAACCGCUAUGUCUGGCGCAAACCCAACACCUCUCAUCACCCUGAGAACACCAUCCCCACAGUGAAGCAUGGUGGUGGCAGUAUCAUGCUGUGGGGAUGUUUUUCAUCGGCAAUGACUGGGAAACUGGUCAGAAUUGAAGGAAUGAUGGAUUGCGCUAAAUACAGGGAAAUUCUUGAGGGAAACCUGUUUCAGUCUUCCAGAGAUUUGAGACUGGGACAGAGGUUCACCUUCCAGCAGGACAAUGACCCUAAGCAUACUGCUAAAGCAACACUCGAGUGGUUUAAGGGGAAACAUUUAAAUGUCUUGGAAUGGCAUAGUCAAAGCCCAGACCUCAAUCCAAUUGAGAAUCUGUGGUAUGACUUAAAGAUUGCUGUACACCAGCGGAACCCAUCCAACUUGAAGGAGCUGGAGCAGUUUUGCCUUGAAGAAUGGGCAAAAAUCCCAGUGGCUAGAUGUGCCAAGCUUAUAGAGACAUACCCCAAGAGACUUGCAGCUGUAAUUGCUGCAAAAGGUGGCUCUACAAAGUAUUGACUUUGGGAGGGUGAAUACUUGUACACGCUCAAGUUUUCCGUUUUUUUGUCUUAUUUCUUGUUUGUUUCAUAAUAAAAAAUAUUUUGCAUCUUCAAAGUGGUAGGCAUGUUGUGUAAAUCAAAUUACACAAACACCCAAGAAAUCCAUUUUAAUUCCAGGUUGUAAGGCAACAAAAUAGGAAAAAUGCCAAGGGGGGUGAAUACUUUCGCAAGCCACUGUACAUGAAAGACUAAAAUCCCCAGGAAAUGAGCUCAAAGUCAUUUUAAUUUAGGAAAUCUGUUCCCAAGUAUUCCUACGCAUAAAUAGAGGCAUAUGUGAUCAUAUCCCUGUGUAAUCAAGGUUUGAAAUUAUUCUGUUUUUGUCAAAUAUUAUAUCUGUUUGGGAUUCUUGCUGUCAUUUUGCAGUGUACAAAUGAUUUAUAACUAUGUUCCGGGCCUCCAACCAUCCACUCAAGGCUUAUAAUUGGAGACCCCUUGUCUAUGGCCUCCAGACCUGGGUUCAAAUACUAUUUGAAAUCUUUCAAAUACUUUGAGCUUUUGCUCUAGUCUGCCUGGAGUGCCAGAUGAGUGAAGUUUAACGUUUUGGGACUAUUCCAUUAAGCCAGACCAGCUCAAUCAAACACAGAUUCAGUAUUUGAAAUUAUUUCAAAUAAUGUUUGAACCCAGGUCUGAUGGCCUCUCAGAGAGAACCAAAGCAACGAAUGCUUUCCAUGAAUAGAAUGUCAUGCAUCUUGAAAAGUACUUCCUGCAGUACUGUUAAAUAGGUUGUGAUUAAUAGGAGGAAUGUGAUAAUGGCAUUAGAUAUUUUAACCAUAUUUGCCUCUGACUGUAUUGUUGAUGAAUGUUCCCAGGGUGCCACCCUUGAAGAGAUGAGACAGGCAUUCCCUAUGCCAAUGGGACCUCCUGGGGCUAAAGUAAGCACAAUGUUCAAACACUGCAUGGUUCUAUCUAUGAAUGAAUCUAAUUGGUAUAGUCAGCUGCAGCAUCUACACCCAACAACUGCCUGGCAAGGUGUGAAUACUGUAUAUGUUGAUUGAUUGAUUGAUUGAUAUGGAUAGAUUGGUGGAUGGAUGAAUUGGUGGAUGGAUUGGUGGGUUGGUGGAUGGAUGGAUGGGUUGGUGGGUGGGUGGGUGGAUGGAUGGAUUGGUGGAUGGAUUGGUGGAUGGAUGGAUGGAUGAAUUGGCGGAUGGAUUGGUGGGUUGAUGGAUGGGUGGGUUGGUGGCUGGAUGGAUUGGUGGGUUGGUGGAUGGAUGGAUGGGUUGGUGGGUGGGUGGGUGGAUGGAUGGAUUGGUGGAUGGAUUGGUGGAUGGAUGGAUGGAUGAAUUGGCGGAUGGAUUGGUGGGUUGAUGGAUUGGUGGGUUGGUGGAUGGAUGGAUUGGUGGGUUGGUGGGUGGGUGGGUGGGUGGAUGGAUGGAUUGGAUAGAUGGAUGGGUUGGUGGGUGGGUGGGUGGGUGGAUGGAUGGAUGGAUGGAUUGGUGGAUGGAUGGAUGGUGUAUUGAUUGAUGAAUUAUAUAUGAUCCCAUAUAUGACGUGAUUUAUAUGAGUUGAUAUGAUCCCAAGUUGGCUAGCUGGGCUUGGCUUUAGGCUUGUAUAUGGAAUGUGCUUGAUAUCAUACAUUCUGAAUGCAUGUUUCCCUCUCUGCUUCUCUGUCUCUGUGUUUAGGGUCCACCGGGGAUGAAGGUAAGAGAUAUUGCUGACAUUACUUUAUUGAUGAGUGAAGAUAUUACUGAUGUGGAAUUUUAAUGUGUCUACUUUAUAUGUUCAGGGAGAGCAAGGCGAGAGGGGAUUGAAAGGAGAGAAGGUAUUGUGUGCUCAGUAAUUUUUUUUAAAUAGAAUAGUUUGUUCAUGCUUAUUUGUGAAAUGUAUUGUAAAGUGUUACUAAAUAUUGUUUCACACAUCCAAUCAUUGAAACUAAAUGGACUUUGAAAUUACAUUGUUUUGACCUGUCAUACUCCUAUUCCACAGGGUGACGCUGGUCUUCCAGGGAAAGCAGCUGAGAUGAAGGUAGACAUCUUAGAACUACAUUAACGGCACAUACAUUCCAUAGUAGACAACAAUUCAUCCAAAAAAUGUUUUAUUUUCUCCUGCCCAGAACAUUGAAGUCAUGUUUGAAGACUAUGGCAUAAGGGUAAGCUCUUGACUCCGAAUCCCAAACAGUUUUAUAGUUCAAAGAGUUUUUAAUUUCACAGCCCAAGAUGGCUGUCCCAUUAAGAAGGACUCUGUUUCACAGCUGCCCUUGCUGAAGGCACUGAUUGACAGGCUGCUGCAGGACGGUAUGGAGGAGCUUCUGCAGGAGCUAACCACCUCUAGGAGAGCCAAGGAGGAGAAACACAGCUCCAACAUUAUCACUGACUACACAGUACGUACACAGUCCAUACAUACCCUAAUCACACCGGGAGCCAUACCUGGUCAUUUAGUGGGUUCAGUGAGGAAAAUUGGAAUUGGAAUGUCAAUUCACUUCCUGAAUUGACUGAAUUUAAAUGGAAUUUACCAUAACCCUGGUAACAAGCCUGGUGUCAGAACUCUUAGUUAGUUCUGGACUCAUGAGUGUGUUAGUGCUGGACUAGGGAGAGUGUUAGUGCUGGACUCAUGAGUGUGUGUUUUGAACAGAGCUCUGUAAAGGAUGAGAUCUCCAAGGAGCCUCUGACAGAGAUGGACACCAUAGAGGAGGCAGCUGACUCUGACCUAGACAGACAGCUACUAGAACCUAACUCUGUAAGUAUCCACUCCAAACAUGCUACGUGGCAUAGGAACGCUUUCCCUCACACAUAUUAAGCCUAACCCUAACACACAAAACAGAGCUAGUUCUAUGGAGAUUCUCCAUUGAGUAUGGUUUUUAGUCCAGGACUAAUCUUUAUCUGUGUCCCAGAAAUCAACCCAUAUUCUAAAGCCCAGUCUAAUUAUGUAUCCGAUCAGAUAAACUGUUGUACCAUGUAAUUAUUCAUCCAUUCUCUAUCUUCUGAAGGAUGCUUUGAAUGAAACGACGGAAGGCCCCACAUUCUGGGGUAUCACCACUCUUAAUGCCGUUAAUGGGGACCAAGACGUGGGGAGGAUCGAGAGCAUCUCUAAGGGGAUAGAGGGGAUACUGACAGUGGACAAGGAUUUCAGUGAAGCUCCCACGUCCAAGUUGACUUUAUCAAACUCAACAUUUAACCACACUACGUCCGAAGAGGUAAGGGGUACCUCUUCUACCCACAACCAAACAGUGUCUAUCAAAUUGAACAAUGAAUCUGUGUGUGUGUGUGUGUGUGUUUUAGAGGGUCUCUGAGGUACCAGGGGCAAUAGUAGAAACUGUUCUCCUCAGUGGGGAAGACUCCUUGAAGAAAAAGAAGGGUCGAGAACGGAAGGUGAUGUCACUACAAAUUAUUUUAUUUUUUUAUACAUCUGAUUUUUUAACACAACCUUGUUGGAUUCAACACAAUUUCCAAAUUUGAGAAAAGUGUGUGUAACUUGAAUCAUGCGAUUAAACUUAAGUUGUUCACAACCUAUUUGUAUUCAUGACUAUACAAACUAAUGUUAUAUUUAAAUAGGUCUAAAUAGAUACUGUCAAAGAAAAUAUGUAAACUUUCUUAACCCUGACACAUUUCCUUAAAUGUACAUUUCCAACCAUUUUCAGAAUUUUCCAAUCAAUUAUUUUCUCUCCCAUUAAUCAACCCAUGACAUAGAUAUCUUUGACCUUAACUACUACAGCAUGUUAGAUCUUUAUUUCCUAUAAAGCAUUACAACUUUUAACUGUGAAAUUCUGAACCAGGGCAAGGGACAGAAAGGAAGACAUAGGAGGCAAAGACAACGCCUGGUAAACGCCCAAACUAAAGAUGGAGUCAAAAUAACCAUAUAAACGCCCAAACUAAACAUGUCUAACAUUUACAUUGUCACAGUCUGUUGCUAAGCAUGUCACCCCUACCAGUCUUAACCUCAACUACUUUAAAUGACUAUCAAUAAAAGAAUUACUAUCAUUUAUUUCUCAGCAAACCUAACAUUUAUCGAAUUCUAAAUCUAAAUCAAAACUAAGCUUAUUAAACUGUACUUUCUGUGCCUAACUUAACCAAUAAAAGGUAUUAAAUCAUCAUAACAUACAUUUUAAAACAACUAAAAGCAUGCAUUUUUUCUCCUAACUUGUCUUUGUUUUGUCCUUAUUGUUUAAGACUUGUAUGUCACGUAAGUCAUGUCCUGCACUCCCUGUUUUCUGCUUUGCAUCAAAUACAUGAUUAUGAUUUUUUUUUAAUGAAAGAUAUCUCCUCUUGAUCUCAUUUACAUAUGGGACUCACCUUUUUCUCUCCUCUCUAAAGACGAGUACGGAGGAGGAGGAGGAAGCGGAGGAGGAGGAAUUUAACGAUGGGGAAGAGUACAGUUAUGAAUACGAGGUGAGAAAUUAUAAUUCCUAA